UCUCUAUCCUCCUCUCUCUCUCUCUCUCUCUCUCUCUCUCUCUUCUCAGUCUGAUACAGCACUGUCUAGUCUGUACAUGCAGCAUCCUUUAUCUCCAGCCCUUUAACAUGACCUGCUCUUUUUUUCUCUGGUUUCUACCCGUUAACCCUCUCAUACAGAAACAAUUAUACAUAUCAUAUCCAACCUGCUUCUUUUUCUUAUACAUUUACCUACAUUCUCUUCUUUCUGCUCUCCCAUUUUUACAGUAUUUCUUCUCUCCCCUAACCUCUCACGGUUUGCUGUGAAUCCUACUUUUUCUGCUUCCUCACUCCCUUGAUUGCUUCUCGCUUCAUCCAUUCUUUGCCUCUGUCUAUCACACUCUGGCUGUAUCCUCUCCUCGCUGUAUCUAUCCUCCUCCUUUUACUGCUGCCCUCCCUUAAUGAGAUCCCACUCUCUCUCUCUCGCUUGCUGUGUGGGUGCCUAUCUGUUGGAGUAAGACAGCUGGGGAGAUCUGGAAAGAUUUCUGUCUGGGUGCCUGUCUCUGGCGCCGCGAGGGACGCAGAUCUGCUGGUGACACCAUACAAGGGGGAGCGUCGGUGACAGGAAGAGCAAGGAAAGUGACAGGGACACCGGUUGCUAAGCGAAUGAACAGACCCUUAAUGCCACAAAGAUGAGAGGCAGUGACCGAUGACACAGAAACACUGCUAAACUGCGUGAGUGACCAGAGGUUCAAAUUAUGUGCGUAGAUGAUUGUGUGUGCAUAUAUUUAUAAUAUAUAACACAUUAAGUACAAUUAUUGUAUAUAUAUAUAUAUAUAUAUAUAUAUAUAUAUAUAUACGAUAAGCUGCAGCAGAGACUGCAGCUGAGCUAUUUAGCUGUAUUCAUUAUUAUACAUGAAUCAGUACAAAUAGAUAUUAUGUAGAUUGCAAUAUUUUAUAUAUAUAUAUAUGUGUGUGUGUGUGUGUGUGUGUGUGUGUUUGUUAAUUUGUUAAUAUGUAAGUGUGGGUUUGUGUCAUGUAUAUUAGCAGACAUGUUAUGUUGUGUUUGCACCAUUGUAUUCAUGGAUUUGCAAAUACAUGUACAUUUUCUGUGUGCUUAGAUGUGUCCUGCUGUGCAUUUAUACAGCAGUAUGUGUUUUGCAUGUGCAAGUGCUUGUCCAUGUGUUAAUGGUAAUGUUAGGGGUUCCCAGUGUUGGUCUGCGUAUGGAUGUGUGUGCUGUGUUUUUUUUUUUUCUUUUGCGAUGAUCUGUAUGUAAGUGCUUAUCAGGUGUGUGGGUACACAGUAAUGUCAGUCAGUUUGUUUGUGUGCACAGAUGUUAUUAUAUACAAUGUACAUGUAUAUGUGUGUCAGUAUUUAUAUGCUGGUGUGUGAGUCCAUAAAACCCUGUGUAUGCUUUAAUGUGUGACCUGCUAGGCAUGCAUGUAUGAUUAAGGCAGUAUCAUCCCUAUGUGUAAAAUUGUGUGUAUACACAUAUAUACAUUGUUUAAUGUAAAAAUUGUUCAUUGGGAAAUCUAAUGCUAGGUCUGCUGUGUGUUCUCGCUCUGUGCUAUGUAUGUGUGAUGUGUAAAUCUUUCCUACAACUGUCCAUAUGGUGCAUAAGCAUCUUUUUUAUCUAGCUGCCUGAAUAUGUUUUAAGGGAUUUUUUUCACCAUAUAAAUUUGUGUGUAUAUAUUACAUGUAGCCAAAGUGUAAAGCGUAUUUUAAGGUAUUUGGAGGCAAAUAAAAGUGUUUGAUGUGUAUGUACAUCUACUGUAAAUUAUUGAUUAGUGAGUACAAGAGUGUAUGUUUGAUUACCAGUGUAUAUGUGUGGUUCUUUUUGGAUUCAAAAUGCUACAUAUUUUAAUAUAUACUGUAGUAUUAUUUCCCAUCUGGCAUGUUUUUAGUGUUUAGGAGUACACCGUCCCAUUGUCUCCUAGUCCAAAAACCAUAGCCACAGAUGAUACAUUUAAGUGUAUUAUUGUCUCAAGGUUGUGAAAGUGGACCUACCUUAUCCAGGUUCCUGUGUUCGUUAAACUGUAGGUGGCUUUCUAAUUGUCCUCUUUAUGUUACUGUCUGUUAUACAUAUAGCGUUAUUAGCUGUAACUCACAAGGUACGUUUGAUUGCAUUAUUAUUAUGGUAUGUCUCUCACUCUAUUUAGUCUAGAUGGCUUCUUGGCACAUAGUACAGAAUGUCAAGCUCUAUGGUGCUUCUGCUUUGGGAAUAGUCUGUGAUAUAUUGUAUUAGCAGUGUUUAAGUUAAUUUACUUUAGAGAUCUUUCAAUUGCUCUGCUUUAGAAAAAUGUAAUUUACUUUCUGAGUUUCUAAAUUCUGAUUUUUUUUUUCUAGGCUCCACUCUGAUACUGUUUGGCUGCUUGUCUCCCUUAGUUCCUUUGAUCAAAGUGUUUAUAAAAUCUAUCUGUUUGAUAAAUAGGCUCUGUAGUGUAUGAUAGAAUGUGGAGUGUUAUUUUUCUUUGGUUCCCAUUACCACUGAAGGACCUUUUUCUUCCAGCCUGAAGAGUUUAGGCCUACACGAGUUUUUGAUUUAAAAUACAGUCUCAAGUUGAGCUCUUGACUUCAACUUAUAUCAUCUCAGUGAUAUUGUGGCAGUAUUAGUUUUGUUCAGUUUAUCUCAUUAUUGAAAACUAGCAUGUAGGAGUAUUUUGUAAAAAGUAUCAAUGGGAACACUGCUACUCCAAGCUGGAAACACGCACUGGAGUAUGCUUGUACAUAGCCUCUAUCAUGGUUUAAAACUAAGAAUUUCUAAGCAGGUCGUCUGGCUUACUGUGCCAGUGAACUAGAUAACUACAAUUGUUACUUAAACAUUUUCCUCCGAGUAUCUCUACGGUUAGUCAUUGGAGUCCUUCUACUGGCUUCACUAUGGAACACCCCUUCCUGGCAAUUUUAAAUUAAUGUUGCUUUGUGCACAUCAUUUUUGGUGUAGUCUCACUAUAGUUUCUCCACUGAUAUCUGAUUUCUUGAUUAACUUUGGUGUAGAUUUAUUGACAUGAGAAACAUUGGAGAGUGGAAACAAUUUAUAGCAAAUAAUUUUCAUUGGAGUUUUCCUUCUCAAACAUUUCAGCUCUUUGGUUGUUUUCACUCCAAGGUGGGUGUAAGUGCCAGUUAUGCUGUGAUGGGAGUAUAGAGACCAAAAUGUAAUUAAGGGGGCUUCUCCUUGGCCGUGAGUAAAUUUGUUACACUGUUAAUGUGCGAGGGAGAUGCCACCCUUUACUUUUAUGAGACCUUUUUGCUGUUUCUUGUUUGUCCCUCUUGGUUUCUGCAGUCUCGUGAGAUUUUCCUCCCACCCCUCUUUUCUCCUUUGGUUGUUUAGUUACUUUUUCCCUUUACCGCAAGAGCAUGCAGCUUUAAGGGCAGGGUUGAAGAGAUGGAGGAUGUCAUAUGGCAUUUAGGCUCUUCUUCCUCUUUGACUGUGGCCUAAUUGAUUUGCCUAUCGGCUCCUUCUUGUGGAAGAAGGUCCUACUAAGACUUCCAUGUACCCCUUAAGCCUCUACAUGCACAGAGGCAACAGGUGCACCACUACAGGAUCAGGAUCCCAUCCUCAUGAUGAUGACCAUCCUCUUGUGAGCUGAGGUAGCUAGUAACUGGCAGAUAGAAUAAAUGUUGACAGAUAAAAUGUGAGGAAAGCCCUGCUUAAACAGGCUUGCUUGCUGGGCAUGGAUUGUCACAUUGUCACUUGUAAUCAUAGAAUUAGCAUUUUUUAAUGCUUAUGGUAUGUAGUUGAGUUGAAAGUCUCUACUUGUGUAAACUCAUCAUAUAAUAACUCAUCUUAUAAUUUUUCUGCUGCUUUUUGUGAGAUUCUUGGGUUCUAAAAGUGAACUGAGGAUCAUAAGAGUUGUAGAUUAAUAAUUUAACUUUCCAGUGGUUUCUAAUAUUUCACACUAUGGCUGUAUGUUAUUGGUAUAAUUAAGGUGCUGAUGUUUACUGCAACAUCAUGGAAGCCAUGUUGGAUAUUCAUUGAAUCUAAUGACCUAGAUUUUGCUUUUUUAUCUUGACCCACUGUCAGUAUGGAUGCCUCUAGCCACAUCAUUAUAAAAAAAAUUCCCACAUCCUCAAGUGCUGCUGUAGACCCAAUUCUGAGUAUGAGAGUAGCAAGGCACCUUAUUUGAGCCAAUCUACAUAUAUGCUUGGCCUUGUUUUUUUCAUCAUGCUGCUUAAUGCCAUCCUAAAUCAAAGCUGUUGUCAUAUUGUAGAUAUAGACAUAUUUAUGGUGAACCUAAAACAAAUGCAAGUCUUACAUUGCCAGAUAACUAUUACUUUAUAUGGAAUAUAAACUGUUUAUGGUAAACCAAAUUAAUUCAAAUAACAAUUACUGUAAGCAGUGAAGAAAAUGUAGCCUGUUACAUAAACAGUUGUCUUGGCAGGCAAGAACAGACAUUUAGCCUUGAUUCUCUCCAUGGUCUUUUGAAUGUGCAAGCCUGGACCAGAGCUAUAUUCCUUCAUUUGAUGGUGUCCAGUGGAUUCUUCUGUGGAUGUCCUGUUUUUAAUUUAUGUUUUUACUUUUGUUGCACUUUUUGCUCACUACUUUGCAGACUUGGGCAUUUGUUUUCGGAUUAACACAUUUUCAUCUGAAUUUUCAGAUGAAAACAAAUUACAACAAACAUGAAUUACAAAUUACAAUUAUAUUUCAGAUGAAUACAAUACAAAGUACAAAUUACAAUAAAGGAAACAUAUUGUUGGACAUGCAAUUCGUUUUUUCAUUCAUUAAUUUUAGUUUAUUACAAGAAGGCAGCUCAUGGCUACCCCCUUGUAAUAUUUAAACAUAGAAGUCCUAAAUUCCCCAUGCCCCCAUAACCUUUGGCCUAUGAUUGUGAAUUAAAUACUCCCACCUGCCCCUACCUGCUAUGCAGUGAGUAGGGGCAUGUCUACCAAACAGUGAGCAGCUAUUGCUGCCAACUCACUAAUCUAAAAAUUGGUGACCUGGUACAAGAGGGUUAUUAAACUAAACCUAGUGCUUCCCUCCAUCCAUCCCCCACAUGUAAGGACUAUUAAAUUAAAUAAAAUGAAUGAGUGGAUAAAGUGUCUUAAGACAGUCAAUCAGUGCGCUCUGACAAAUAAUUUUUAAUAGGAGGACAAUAGGUCCACCCUAUUAUCAUUCAAGGCGACCACCUGCUGCCUAUGGAUAGGGGCUGGGGGGAGACAAUAGGACGGUGCCCCUUAUUAUUUAGGGGGAUUGGGGAGAAUAUAGGUCCACCCCCUUAUUAUUAUUUAGCGCCUCUACCUGCCACCAAUGGGUGACCCCAUUUAAUGGCCACAGGUUUGGACUGGAGGGGGACACUAGGUCCCCUAUUUAUUUUAAUGGUCACCACAUGCUAAGCCUUGGUGAGGGAAAAGGGGGGACAUUAUGUUCCUAUGUCCACCCCAAUUCAUUAUUUUAUUAGCCGCCCCACUUUGUACUGGCAGCUAUGUAAUUUACCAUUAACGGCAGGAAGGAGGAUUUAACUUCCCUUAUUUACUAAUACUAAGUAUUUAUUUAUUUAUACCUAUUAUUAGUAAAGUUGUCUAAAAGACCAAAGUUAUGGAAAGGAAGGGGGGUUCUUGUUGAAUUGCCAUAAUGAUACCAUAAAGGAGCUAUCUAUUAAAAAGGCUCAGUAGCUUUGUAACAUAAAUAUAGCAAUCCCACAAGGGUACUGAUUUAGGGACACCGAUCAGAAUUUAAUUUGGCCAAAUAGAAUAUAAUGGCCAAAUGAAUAAUUGGGCAAAAUUUGGUACUGAUAAAAUAACAUUUUCAGAGGCACCCUUGUCAAUUAUAUUGGACAUUCAUUUGUUUUUGGAAUAUCAUAGGACAUAAACAUGGAUAUGCAUAAUGACUCCAGCACAAGACAAGAAUCAAAGAAACAUUACUUUUCCAUUGUAUCAUUUGUGGUCUGUUUCUACUUUUGUCAUAGUAUUAUAAAUUAUAUGUGGCAUUAACAUGUUGUAUUAUAUGUAUUUAUAUUUCCCUUUUCAGUAUGGACUUUUUAGCAAUUAUUCUUGGCUAGCACUGGAAAUGGAUGUUUUUAUCCACAUCCUACAGCCAGUUUAAAUGCAAAUUCUUUAUGUGUAUGCUGGUAAAACAUUUUUACUUGAUUGCAUAAAUUCAUUAUUCAAAAACAUGUAUAUAUCCCAUUAUGUAUCAGCACUGGGAAAGUGAUAUUUUAUUGGGACUCACCCCCUACUUCUCUCUUCCCUUCCAAAACAGUAAGAAAAACAACAGUUGUAUUGGAGCAGAUUGCUACUCCAGACUAUGUGUUUUGAUUUUUAAACUUGCAAUAAAUAGACAACAAAAAUAGAAGUGAAGAUGUGGCCUAAAUUUUGCUAAAUAGUUGUCAUAUCUCUUCAAGUUCUUAUUUAUAUGUUUUGUUGCUCGUUAUCCAUAUUUUUCAGUGGUUUAUAAUUUAUUGGAAUUUGAUUGGCAUAUAUAAGGCUCAAUUAUUUUACUCUGCUUACUCACUUUCUCUAUUGAAGUUAAUGAGACAAUUGUUAUUCAGUGAAUAGAGUAAACCCUAACUCUGGUAAGAGAAUUAUCAAUAUACUUAUUUUAAAAAAGCUAACAGACUCUGCAGUGCUACCCAUGCGUACAACUGGUACAGGUAAAAAGACAAAGGUACAAUACAUCUAAGAGGCAAUGCAAAAUAUGACAAACAAAUACAGGAGAAGUUGAGGGCCUUAUCUCCGUUAGAACCUAUAUUAUAGCUCUAGCUUAUAAUAUUACAUAUACAAUAUUCUUAUAUAUAUAUAUAUAUAUAUCAAAUGUGAUAUUUAUUUAUACGUAUGUAUAUAUUUUUAUAUAAUAUGGGAUGUCUUAUAAAAUUAUAUUGGUGACCAUCACAUUUUUGUUUGGGAAUUGUUAUGAUGAACAAUAAAAAAUGGAACACAAGGAUGUAUCCAUGAAAUUAUUUUGGGCAAAAUAACCAUUGGAGAAAUCCUCUUAUAAUUUUCCAGGGUGAUUAUUUUUAACUAAACUUAGCAUAUUCCAUGACAGUUCUUGGCAAAUCCCGGCUUAGUAAAACAACCUGAUUAUGGUAUUUCCCAUUAUGUUCGUGAACUGGUGACUCACUUUAUCUUGUUGAAAUGUUCUGUUAUGGAAACAUAGCACUCUAUAAUGGAGAUGCAGCAUUUUAUUUUCAAUCAUACUAUGACUGUGAACAUCUCUUAAUGUUCUACAAACAAAAAAAAAAUAGCAGAAAUUUUACAUUAGACUAUGACCCCAAAUUAACAUUUUUUGAUGAGCUUGUCAAAUUAUUUAAUAUUUCUUUGAUAAAAUGUACAAAUUAUUUAAUAGUUUGAUAAAUAUGUUAAUAUUUUUAUAUUGUUUGACAUAUUGAAGUGUGUGUGUGUUAUAUUUCUUAGAUUUUAAUAUUUUAAAAAAGCAUUUCAAAGUUUAGCCAAAAAUAUUAAAUCAUUUUUAAAAAGCGUAUCCAAAAAUAUUACAUCAGGCCUAUAAUAGACAGCAUAAACCUUGAGCUCAUGUAUCAAUGUGUGUUUUCCUACCUAAUACUCAAGGUGAAGCACUGUAGCUUCUGUAGACCCUAUGUACCAAGUCAAUAUACCUGGGGCACACUCAAUUCUAUAUGUUCUGUAAUUCUUGUGUUGUUCAAAAAACUGGUUUUUAGGACUUCUUGGUCAUAAAUAUAUUUCCCUACCACUUUAGACGAACCCCGAGGGCUAUUUCAUCUACAGACUACAAUUAAGGGAAUAAAAACAAUAUGAAGUUGCAGUACCCUUGCAGGGAGCCAAGGUGGGUUCCAAGCCAGCAUUACCACCAACCCCAAAUGAAUCAUUCUGACUUGGCAGCAAAAACAAAUCUUUUCAUAAAGUGGCCAUUGUUUCAUCAUCACAAACUGACCCGGGUCUGGCUAUGAGAAUGGAAUAUAGGCCACUCUAUGAAAAAGAUUUAUUGGCGUUGCCAAGUUAAUGUUGUAAAUUCUAUAAUAAAAUGAAAAUGGGCUGCCUUGUGUGGUAUUGGGUUAUCCAAAGCUUCUAUAUAAGGAAAUAUGUUAAAUAUGUGACCCAAAGGGACAGCUUUGUAUGCUGAAUGUAUUAAUAUAUUUCUUACUUAUACUGUGAAUAUAAAAUUGUAUGCCUCAAAAAAUCAUCAAUAAUUAGUUUCCUAUUUGUGUGUCUGUCUAACUGCACACAUAUAUUAAUUAUAUGAACAUUUUUAAGCAUUUGUUGAACUCACAGAUAUAUUGGCAUGCUUAAGAACUUUAACUUGGAUUACUAAAUAGAAAGUCCAACAGAUGUGCCCUGGAAAAAACACACAGAUGUUACAUACAGAGUACAUACCCAUAUAUAUGGGACAAUGUACUUUAAAACAAAGAUAUGGCAGUAAAACAGAUGAUGUAAACAUAAAUGAAUUGUAUGCACCAUAAACAUGUUAAUGAGCCAAUUCUGAGAAAAUAUUAUGUUAUUGGUAUCUAUGUGUAAAAGACAAACUCCAGAUGUUGUCUAACUGUGCUUUAAUGGGUUUUUUAUUUUAUUUUUAUAUUUAAUGAUGAAUGUGGCAACUUUUUUGCAAUAAUCCAAUAAUUUUAGGAAGUUAACUGGUUAAUUAUGAUGGCAUAGAUAAGCUUUUAGUGAUCUAACAAUAGUAAAAGAUUUGGAUGUGUGAUAAUGUCAGUUGGAGUUUGCCACCUCUGGAGAGCUGUAAUUGUACUAACGAUGUGCACAUGCGCACUGUAUCCUCAGAAAUGGGUAAUGUAAAUAUUCCCUGGACACUUCAACUCACUUAAUUCUUCCAAUUCCUUAACAGUGUUUUCAGUGUUUCAAUUCUAUUCUUAGCUCUUCUUUGAAUAACUUUGGUAUCACCAGGUCUGCACUGUCUUUUUUAAGGUCUGUACUCUUAUCCUAAAUAUCAAUACCAAUGACACACUCUCUCUUUUAUCAUGUCAUCCAGGGCUUACUCCUACAUCUCUUUCUUCUUACUUACCUAAAGGGUUACUCCAACCACCACGACCACUCUAGUGAUCUGAAGUGGUUAUGGUGGUAGGAGUUUGUAUGUGCAGUGUUUCUGCUUGAAACAGUGCACAUACUAAGAUAUUUGCAAUUAUGUGCUGGUGGGCUAGUUUCACCUCCAGCAACCUUUAAUUGGCAGCCCAGAACAGGCUGCCAAUUUCAAUUCUGUGCGUAUUUUACGUCUGUUAUAAGCGGGCACUGCACGCUAACAACAGACGUAGAAAUCUUCUACCUUGUAGGCAGUGCACCUGUAAGCGGAAGAUUUCUUAUUCUCCUUUCUCCCACUGUGUGCUCCUGCCCUCCUCCCUACAUUUCCUCAGUAUUUAUUUAUUUUUUAAAUCCCUCCCUCUCUACUCCCUCCCCUCACAAGCUUGAUGUGCGCAUGCUAUCUGAGCUCAUUAGACCAUGCAAAGCUUGUGACAUCGGAGGGGGCAUAUAAGAUCAACGCCGGGAGCUUUGGCACUAAUAUCCCGAGCCCCCUCGAACGUCACUGGGUUUCGGGUGGGUAAAAAUAUUUUAUUUGCAAGUGAGAAAGAAUAUGAAGGGAGAACCUUCUCCAUAGUACCCAAUAGGGCAUUUUACACCAGAAAGGCAACGACCUCCAAUAGGAUUGGAGUAAUCCUUUAAUACCUAAUUGUCAUCUUUAUUUCAAGUUUAACACUCAAUCCCAUCUCCCCUCCCUCCCCUGAACAGAUCCCGUCCCCCCCUACCUCCACUGCACAGAUUCCCUCCCUCACUGCACAGACUCCCUCUCUCCCCUGCACAGAUCCCCUCUCCCCUUCCCUUCCCUGCACAGAUCUCAUCUCUCACCUGCACAGAUCCCCUCUCCCCCUCCCUUCCCUGCACAGAUCCCCUCUCCCCCUGCACAGAUUCCCUCCCUCCCUGCACAGAUCCCCUCUCUCCUCUACACAGAUCCCCUCUCCCCUUCCCUUCACAGAUUCCCUCUUCCCUGCACAGAUACCCUCUCCCCCUGCACAGAUCCCCUCUCCCCCUGCACAAAUCCCCUCCCUCCCUGCACAGAUCCCCUCUCUCCCCUGCACAGAUCCCCUCUCCUGCACAGAUCCCCUCUCCCCCUGCCUCCCUGACAAUCACCCUCCCUCCCUCCCCUGUACAGAUCCCCUUUCUUCCCUGCCUCCCCUGCAGCAUCCCCGUCCCUCCCUGUCCAGAUCCCACUCAGUCCCUGCACUUUCCACAGCCCCUUCCACACACCCCUUCCUGCCCAAAACAUAAAAGUAUAUAUUUUUAAAAAUGUUAAAAUAUAUAAAAUUUAAUUCAAUAAAUGUGUUUCCUUUCACACCAAUAAAAAGUUAAAUAUACGGAAGCACUUCAGUAACAAUUAAUUAAAGGAACACUCUGCCCAAAUGGGCAACCCCACCCCUAUAAAAUCACUGUUUAGAAGAUGUGACAGUAGUCACAGUCACUGAGAAUGGAAGAAAGACCACCUUCCUCUUGUGUUUUGGUCACCCUGUGCCCAGUAUUAUUGCAGGGUAUGUUUAAUGUAUUGCUUGUCUGUGCCAUUGUUUCUCCAGCAGGACGUUGUCCCAGGGACCAGUUUAAAUUAGCUGCUUUGUCCCUCUUCAAUCUCCCAUCAGGCCUUGCUAUUGUCUGACCCCACCCUUCCUACAUCAGGCACCCUAUUGUUUGUAAAUGAGGCUGUUGGGGGCUUAAAAUGUGUGUGCUAUGUCUAGUAAAGGAGUUGCUGUGUUAACCUUCACCAUGUGUUGUCUGGUGUUUGGGGAAAGGGAUAUAAUCUGCUGAUAGAAUGGGUGUCAUGGGCUACAUACACAGUAGCCUGGUCUAGGUUGGAAAAGGCCCUCGGUGAUCCUAGACAAGCCUUGGUAACUGGAUUUGAAGUGCUCCAAGGUCCCUGAUAAGAUGUAGCAGACUUGGUGGAGGUACUUGGUUGGAGUACUGGAGCUCAGUUACAGUAUAUAUUGCCCCAAUGAAUUACAUGAAUUAAUUUUUCAUGCAUGUAUUCUUGGGUGUAUAUCUUUAAAAAGCUUGAAAAGGGUUAGAGGUGUUGAGUACUUAAAAGAGGUAUGUCUGGUGCAGCCACGGACGUCUGCGACUGCACUGGACAUGACACAGGUCGAGAUCGGGGCGGGAAACUCAGGGACAGCCCUGGGCGGCAAAAGCUCUAGCUAGGCCACUGUAUCUACUCCCUCAUUAUCUUUACAGGGAUCGAAUAAUGUAAUUCCCUUAUUAUUAGGAUUCAACGUCCCACCUCCACAACCAGUACCAUCAUCUCACCGGACUCCUUCCUACUUAUUUUUCACCAUAGUCAACUACUGUUGACACAAGCUUCCUUGACACAUCUAAUAUUCCCCUCCCUCUAUACAUCUUCCAAUAUUUUCAGAUCCCACCUAGUCACAAACACUACUACUCAUCCUAACUAGUAUCCUCCUCUCUAGUCCCACUCAGUAUAGCUCAUCUGAUACCAUCACUGUUUUCCUUUGUUCUCUAUAUCCCACCAGUGUACACCUUGACCUCUACAUGUAUAUCCCAGUUAGCAAUAUGUGAUUAUGCUGUUUGUUAUAUCAACAGCAUAUUAAACAGUAAUCAUCUGUGCAAAGUACCAUGGAUAAAAGUACCAUACACAAAACAAAAAUCCUGUACUGACAUUAAAAAUUUGGAAGGUUAAAUCUACGACAAAUGAGAUUAAGGUAAUAAUAUAAAAGAUGGAAAACGGUGUAGAUAAGGAAAAGUGUAGGGCAAUUAGUUUGUAUGAUCUGUAUAAAAGUACUUCACGCUGGGUUUGGGAAUUAUAUUUUAAGUGUGUGGUAUAGAUUAAGAUUUAUAGAAAAAUGGAGAAAUUAUCACUGGGGUUUCUUGGAAGGAUUAUCACGUAGAGCAAGAUUUUUAAGAAGGGUAUAUCUAUGAGUGGGCAAGUAUUUGGAAAGAAAAUUAUAUUAGGACAUUAUAGGGUUCUAGAAGGGUAACAGUGGUGAUUACAUGGAUGAAAUCUAGAACAAAGUUACAAAUUUAAAAGAAAAUAUGUAUUAAAACAAGCAAUGCAAGAAUGUGCAGGAAAACUAAAGGAGAGGUGGGGUGGGAAAGAUGCCUAUUCGGGAAGAUAAGGACAAAGGUUAAUAUGGAAAUGUUGAUGGAAGGCACAGUGAAAGGAUCUAUAGAAUGAUGAUAGGUGAAGGAGGUGGAUGAUAAGAAGGCAAAUUAAAAAAAAUGCAAUGUAAGUACAUUCAUUAUGUUAUGAGUUAAGACAGGCACAUCACGCAGCCAGAGCAGACAGAUAAAAGCACAUUUUCCUCACAUACCAACACUCAGCUAGGAUAGUGCUAAGAAUGCUUGAGGCCCCUUUUAAUUAUGUGAGUACAGAGAAUGAUCAGAGGCUCACAUCACAUCACUUUAUUGGCACUGCAUUAACGCCUCAGUCCAUCAGCUCAUUCUCACUGCAUCUACCCAGAGUAUUUACUUUAAACCCACCGGCACUGCAUUAAGAUUGUGGCACAUUAAUUCAGGGACACCACGAAAAAGCUUGUUGAAAAUCACCUUGCGUUAUGGCCACUGCACAUUAAAUGACAGGCUCCCCGUCAUGUUCGCUGCACAUUGAAUCAUAGUCUAUGAAUAAUCAAUUACUCAGCAUUAUUUUUACCGCACAUUAACACAAUAGCACUGUAUUAACUUCACCUCAUAUGGAGCCACUGGAACUGCAAUAGGGCACUGCAUAUUAAACCAAUGGGGUUGAAGAGGUCUUACAUAUCUGAUGCUGUGCUGUAAACAAUGACCAGUAACCUGAUGCAUUAGGUCCAAGUGUACAUCACACCUGACACUCCAGCUGUUUUGGAGUAUAACUCAUAUAAUGCUGAUCCAGCCAUCAGCUUGAUGAGCAUGAUGUAAUUUUGUUUCCUGAAGAAGCGGGGUCAUUGUUAUCUGUACUUGAUGCAGCAAAUUAAUGCACUUGUAUUCUUUCUAUCCAAACCAAGGAAGGUCAGCUGAAUCUGUUUCCAAGCAACAGGAGUCAAGCCAUACAUGUAUUGGUGGGUUUGGGGGUGUUGUAUCUGGGGUGGUAGAUUUUCUUAGUUGCCAUGGAAACAUGAUUACACAUGUAUAUAUUCCUCGGGGCCCUUUUCCUAUACCAGCUUUGGAAAAGACAGAACCAGGCUCUAACGUGUUAAUUAUUUCCCAUUACAUUUGUAGAUCUGAUCUCUCUGAUACAAUCGUAUACUUAAUGUACCACUCCUUACUGAUCAUUUACAGCAUUUAGGGUUUGUUUUACUUUAGCCAUCUGGGUUCAUGACAUGAGUUUGGUGCAAUUUGGUUUGAUUACUCUCUGACAAGGUUCUGAAUUUAGCUUAAUGUUUUUUCAAAGGGAAUUUGUCACUUUAUUAUGAUAUUAAAUAAGACUUGUGGUGCUGUGAUUCUAUUACAGUGCUCCGGAGAUAUAAGUAGAGCCACAUUGCCACAAAGGCUGUAUUAUUGCUAUUGGAUAGCAUCAAUGGGUUGGGGUACUCGUGUCUGUGAUACCUGAGGGUUUAUUCAAGAGGAACAACAUAAUAUUAUAAGAAAUAAUCAUAUCUGGUAACUAAAUAGCAAUUUUCCUGUAGAUAUAAACUGGAGAAUUGCUAUCUAGUUGCCAGGGUUAAUGUCCUGUAAUAGUAUUCAGCCCUAAAGCAGGAAUUCUAUGGAAUCAUUAAGUAAAGAGGUUUUAGGCAAAACAAUGCAGGAAAACUUUCUUUUUGUUCUAAAAUGUGCUAUAUAUGCAUAUUUCAUAUAUCCACAAUUACAGUUUUUUGGUUAAAUGGACAGUGUCCUAUAGACAAAUAAUGAAUUAUUUAUGUAUUUCUGUGACAAACUCAUCAUGGACAAGUUCUAACGGUAAAAUAGAAAUAACUUGUAUAGAAUCCAAUAUUUAUUUAAAUGUUGUGUUGUUUCUUUUCCCAACAAGUAAUUAUGCACCAGCAGGUAGAACUACUUAUAUUGGGAUUGUCCCAGCUUCCUCAGUGACUACUAACAGAUGCCAAGACGAGCUAUUGGAUAUCAAUCAUAAUAGUAAGCAAAAUCCACUGCAACUCUAAACUAAUUAAAUAAUUUCUUCUUCUGUUUUAUUAAUGUUUUGGAACCAUAUGGAGCCCAGUGGACCAGACAUAAUGUACACUGAACUGGGAAUAAGUUAAUAUUUCCAUUCAAUGCCUGGAAAAAAUAAAUAAAGACAUGUAUUCAAUAAAUUCAGGGUAAAAUUUCUGUUAACAGACUAUUUUAUUGACCUGAUUACAUAACACAGUGGGUAAGAUGUACUGAGGUCCAUUAAUUAAGCGAGAAAAUGAUGAACACUAAGCCAUUCUAGUUAGUUGCCAGAGAACAAUGUAUGUAUGAUAGGGCUGAGAAAAUGCACUGAUUGCGUAAACAUAUCAGCUUUUCUCAAAGAAACCAGAAUUCUAAUUGGAGAUGAAAAGCCCAGUAUGUGUUGUAAUAUUCAUGAUAUAAUAUGCAUUUGAAGUACACUUAACUUUGAAAACCCACAUCAUUAUGUUUUUUAGAUUAAGCAUCUACUUAUAUCCUAAAGGAUAUAAGGAUGUUGCAUGUCUAAAGCAUGCUUUAAUGGGGCAUUGUCACUUUGCUGGAAUUUGCAUCACUGAAUACACAUUGAAAAUCACCUAUAACUUGUGUUAACCUUUUUUUUAAAAGACGCUAUCUUUUCAUUUAAAUAUAUAUUAAAGAUUUGAGAAAUUGCAUCAUAAUUCAUGUUCAGAAAAGACAAAAUCAGGGGGAACAUUACAAAGUGGAGAAUGGAAACAUUGUUUAAAGGGUAACUGUAGUGCCUGAAACUAUUUUUGCUCUUGUUAAAGAGCAUGCAAUUCAAUCUAUACAUUGUACUAGCAGUUUUACUAGCAAUUGUAUAGAUUGGGGAAAAAACGUAUUUAAAAAUAUUUUUUUAAACAACGUCCCAAUCAUUUCUAUGCAGAAGAAUUAAUUGAUAAAGAAGAGCAGAAGAGACCACUCACAGGCACCCAUAGCAAACAAAGUGCAAAGGCAGUAGUUGCUAUGGUAAUCAGCGCUGGUGGGAUGGCUAGGGAGUAUAGAAUCGGAGUAACGUUCAGACACCAGCAUGUUGGCAACAAAGUCAGAGUCUUGGCGUCAUAGAGGAUGUUUGUUUUGCUUGAGGAAGUGUUUUCAAGCAGGGCAAAUCAGUGAAGACUAUGGGAGAAGUGGAAAAUGGACCGGAGGUGGGUGUUAAAGAAGUGAUUGCCAAGUGCAAACACAAAGCUUAUAGGAAUGACUGACAGGAACUAAGACAGAGACGCUCGUUUUGGUGGAUAAAAGAUGUGCAGAUUUCUGUAUUUCAUUUUUUCACGCUUUACAAGUAUUGAUUUAAUACAUAUAGGGAUAAGCAGAGAAAGUAUUAACCCGUUCCCGACAUUAGGGCAUGCUAUGCCAUCCUACAAACAGAGGGCUUUAAUAAAGUUAAGGCAGCAUAGCACACCCUAAUAUUUGGGCCCUCCCUCCAGGCCCAAAUAAUUUGCUCUGUGUCGAUCACAAUCAAGGGGAUCAUGCCUGCCAACCCGGACAGUCCCCCUGGAGCCAAUCCAGUCGUUCUGAGUCAUGUGAAUGUGGUGACACACUUGAUUGGCAGUUUGGCUGUAAGGGGUUGUCAGGCAGAUCCUCCAAUAUAUAAUUAAUAAAACAAUAUAAUGAUUCAUAAAUAAUAUGUGUUAUACACUUAGAAAGAAAUAUAUAAUAUAUAUUUUAAAAAAUGUUGAUUGAUAUAAUUAUAUAUAUAUAUAUAUAUAUAUAUAUAUCAUAUAUAAUUUCAUUCUAAGUGUAUUUUUAUAUAAUUUAUAUAUAAUGAGAUUAUUUCAUUAAUUAUAUAUUGAGGGACCUGUCUGACAACACAUGCAGAAAAUCCUAAGAAUUUAAUUUGCAAGUCCUAUAUUUGAUCCUGUAACUUUCCAAUACACCAUAAAACCUGUACAUGAGGGGUACUACUGUACUCGAGAGACAUCACUGAACACAAACAUGAGGGUUUUAGAGCAGUAAAAUAUGAAGCAGUGGAAGUGUGAAAGUAUAAAUUAUAAAAACAAAUAUGAACAUUAACUUUGGCCAGGGUUUGUAAAUAAGUGGCUACUAAAAAGUGACUAUUAAAAAAGAUGCGCUAUCUUGAAUACACUUGGUUGUCUACUUUUGCAAGUGGUAUGCCAUGAUGGGGGUAAUUUUCAUUCCAAGCUACCAUAUGUGAAAUAAUGAAAAGGUGGAAAACACCCAGAAUACGUGUAGGUUACUAUAUAAAAUAUACAACAACCUGAUGGAAAGUGAAAUCCGUAUGAAUUCUGUAUAAAAAUCAGAAAUUUGACAUAGCGUGAUACAGUAAAGUAAUUCAACUAUAUAAAUAAAAAUGAUUAUAGAUGCACUCACAAACGCGCGUGAAAUAGAGCUUCUCGCCCACCCAGGGGCAGUAUGUAAUCCGAUGGAUGAAUUAGAGAAAAACCUCAUAGGAUAUAUAAAAAAUAAAGGAGAAAACAGAAUAGUGAAGUUUGUUAUAAAAAGUACAAAAUCACAUUUAUUGGUCACACUUACAUGUGUGUAAAUCACAAAGAGCCUAUCUCUCAAUAACUUGAAACUCCAUGCAAUGUUGUCAUCAAUCCAGGAAUAGGGAUGAACAGGAGUAGUUAUAAAUGAGUAGCCAAAAAUACAAAUAAAACAAUUAAAACAAUAUAAAAUAAGUCCAAUAUAGAAAUCCAACGCGUUUCGUCCUGUAAGGUGUAGGACUUCAUCAGGGAUACUUCUAUACUUCCAUUGCUCCGGUUUUUAUACCGGUAAAAAUCUCCUCUUGAUUGCGUUCUUCUGUUAAUCGGCGUGCGUGCCAUCCGUGGAACGCACAAGGACGCAAGGAUAUGACGAAAAAUUGAAGAGACAGUUCCGUAUUUCUAUUGCGCAUGCGUGCGGGAAGCGCGCAUGCGCACAUGGCAAAAGAUCGAAACCUGGACAGAAUAUGAAACGAAAGACCAGAAAACAACCUGAGACAUCUGAACACAAGGAAAAAAAACAAAUGGGGCUGCAUUGGAGGGUGUAGGCAUAAAAUACACAUAUAUGUCUAGAUGAAAAAAGUAUAUAUAAAGAAAUAUAUAUAUAUAAAAAACAAAAUAAAGAAAAAUAAAUACAUAAUCAAUAAUAAAUAAAUAAAAAUAAAAAUAUGGAAAAAAUGAAAAAAGAUUAAAAAAAAGAAAAAAGAAAUAAUGAAAAUAAACAAAAUAUAUAUAUGAAUAAAAUAAAAAUAAAAUAGAAUAGAAUACAAAAAUAAAAAUAAACAUAAACAUAAUAAAAAUAAUAAAAAAAUAAGCUACCAUAUGGUCUGUAAGAUAACAUGAGACCAGCGAAAAAAAUCCAGCAAAUUUCAAUGUGUAAAAACUGAAAUGGGCAAGCCCAUUAUUUGUCUCUGGAACUUUACAAAACACCAUGAAACCUGUACAUGGCGGUCAUCAUUGUACUUCCCCAGUAUAAUGACAUUCACAAAUAAAAAGCCUUGCAGAUCUUGGAAAAUAACAUUUCUUAAUUUUACGCACACUUUUUUAGUUUUUAUUCAUUUUAAAUUUGUUUCACAUGUAGAAAUAUUUGAUGUUAAAUGAAAGUCCUAUUUCUCAUUAACAAAAUGACAUAUAAUAAGUGUGGGUAAAUUAUGGUUGAACAGACCAUGUAGAUAUAAUUCUAGGUUUUGUUUUGUUUAAAAACUUGAAAAUUGCUGGAAAUUGACAGUUCCUCUUUAUAGUACAUAUAAAGUAACUUAUGAAUAGUUGAAUUUAGUUUGUCAAGUCUGUUCCAUAAUGUCUCAAGCAGACAUCCCAACUCUCCCAGAGGUUCUUGGAGUCUCCAGCAUUUUCAUAGCAGCACCCUGACACCCGCAAAUCAUAUAUAGUAUCAAUUUACAAUGUAUGCCAAAUUGUGUUUGCAUUAUUUCCAGGAUAUUGUGUAUGAUCUGGCUAUCCGAUGGGUAUUAUCACUGAACAGUGGCCCGGUCAGGUGCCACUGCCUUUUAAGAGUGCUACUGGAUCCCUGUAGUAUCGUCUGGCAGGGAGGAAAUGGCAACCGAUCACUUUCUCCCAGCUUCACACAAAGUGCUUUGCGGUAGGGAGAAGGAGGCUGAGGGAAGUGGUUGGAGGCAAAGGAGAGGCUGGAAUGAGCUUCUGCAGACUCUCAUGCUCACUCCCAUCAGCCUCAGCCAGCAUCACUAGGACCUUAAGUAGGCCACACUCCUGGAUACCAAAGGAAAUCUUAUUGGAGGGUGGCUGCAAAUAUAAAAAAAUAUAACAUGUAUGUGUCUAUGUAUGCUAGAUUGUGUGUGUGUGUAUCUGUGUGUAUGUCAUUGUUUGUAUUUGUGUGUGUAUGUGCCAGUAUGUGUAUCUGUGUAUCAGUGUGUAUCUGAGUGUGUGUGUGUGUGUGUGUGUGUGUGUGUGUGUGUACCAGUGUGUGUAUUUGUGUGUUUCUUUGUGUGUGUGUAUCUGUGUGUCAGUGUGUAUCUAAGUGUGUGUAUGUGCCAGUGUGUGUAUGUGCGUGUGUGUGUAUCUGAGUGUAUGUGCCAGUGUGUGUAUCUGUGUAUCAGUGUGUAUCUGAAUGUGUGUAUAUGCCAGUGUGUGUAUGUGUCAGUGUGUGUAUCUGUGUGUCAGUGUGUGCGUGUAUCUGUAUCAGUGUGCAUCUGAGUGUGUGUAUAUAUGUCAGUGUGUAUCUGAGUGUGUGUGUAUGUGCCAGUGUAUGUAUCUGAAUGGGUGUGUAUAUGUGUCAGUGUGUGUGCAUCUGUGUGUCAGUGUGUAUCUGAGUUUGUGUAUGUGCCAGUGUGGGUAUUUGUGUGUAUCUGAGUGUGUAUGUGUAUGUGCCAAUGUUUGUAUAUGCUAGUGUGUGUGUGCAUGUGCCAAGGUAUGUGCAUGUCUCAACCCUGACACCCAACAUCUGUAACAUGGUUAAGCUCUCAAUGGUGGCUGAUUCCCUGCACUGUGUGCAUCAACCAACAUCAUUAUUGAGGUACCAGUAUGUCAAUAUAGAACUUUACAGCUGGCACAAGCCAAUAACCUUCUCAACCACAACAAAUAUGGGCCUAAUUGUGGUCUUAUGCUGACCAGGCCACCGAUAAACCAGACAUAGAAAGGUAUGCCCAGUACUAAUGGAUGCUGGAUAUUUACCUAAAAAGUUCUGAUGUUAGGAUCUGUGUAUUCAGAGUUUUAAUCAUAUUUCCUUUAAUAGUUUGCAUAUGGGAUAUUACUUUGAGUAAUGUAUAGUUUCCCAUGUUGUAUUUCUAAAGGCAUUGAAAAUAUGAAAGAAGUGUUUGAUUAUUUGGUAAACAUGUUGAAGUGUUUUUUUUUAAUACCGCCUGAUCCAAGUCUGAAUUGUAAAUAUUGUUUCUGUAAUGUAUGUGUAUGCAGCAACUAACACAUUUUUUACAUUACCACUCAUUUGUUAGCAUGAUUAAACUUCAAGUUACGUUCUUUUGUUCCCAGUUAAUUAAAAUAUUCUGCUUUUAUUUAAUAUUUGUACCACUUUUAUACGAUAUUAUUUUUAAAAGUACAGAGGAGGAUGUGGUUGUGUUCAGUGUAGUUGAAUUUGAGGCACUCUUGAGACAAUGUGGUUUGUAGUUUCUGCAUUUAAAGUGGCACUGUCACCAUCAUGUUGACAUUGCCAUUGAGGGUCCUGUAGCAGAGGAGGAAGGGGUAGGCAAAGGUAAAUUUAAUCUACCUGAAACUCUCCCCAUGGGCGCUACCUUUUCCUUCCAGCUGGUCCUCUUCUGCUCCUGGGUCUUCAGCACCAAGAGCUGACAUCACUGCUGUACUCUCACACAUGCAUGAUAGUGCAACAUUUAGGUCUAUGGAGGAUCCUGCGAGAUUGUGGGAUCCUCCAUAGAUAAAGCUAAUACCCUGGAGUUGUCACUUGUGACGGCUGGCAGAUUGAUGGCUGGGAGAUUAACAUUGACUGGGUUGAAAUUCCAACCCAGUCAAAACACAUACUGGGAGUAGUCCCUACUUUGUCUCAAUAUGUGCUUUGACUGGGAUGGAAUUCCUAUGAAAUUCCCAAACAAUCAGUAUGAGUAUUUCAUAAAGAUUCUAUCUUUAUGAAACACUAAUUUUAUAGGGGGGUGUGAGAGUGCUGCUUUAAAUCACAAGUUUUGAGAGAUUUUUAAAUAAUGUACAGAAAGCACAAUAUAAAGUACUCUACUAGCAGUUUUUAUUAUUAAAUAUACAUGAAGAUAAACUGUACUGACAAGGAACAGGAGUGAUGCUUUGCAUAUAAAAAACACAAUGACUUAACAUCAUGUUUUGUUGAGGAUAAUAAAACAAAUACUAAAAUGGGUCAGGGAGCACAUCAACUGAAUUUGGCAAAGGUUUACUCAUGUAUUUAUAAGUAGGCAACAAUGUAUGUUCAUUGACUUCCCAGUCAGCCAAAUAACCCAGUAAUAGCAGAGUCACAAAGUGCAUAUCGCUUGUCCAUAAUAAUUAUAUACUACAAAACUGCAUGAUUAUACUGGAAAAUGCAUCCAUGUUGAGUUGUAGCAUCUCCAGUGACAGAAUGCAACCUGCAUGUUUGCUAUAGCCAUUUUGCUUAUGUACAGUAAUGUAUAAUGUUGGUGGCCUGCUUGUACCAUGCAGUGUAAUUUAAUGGUGGACACAGUUUCAGAAUCUAUUGGGUUCCAUCUGGUACAGUUCCUGGGCUGCUUAGUUGGAUGGUCUAAAAUGAUCUUAUUGAUAUACAAUUAAAUUGUUGACCAUACUGAGAAACCCAUAUCACGAGGUAUGAGAUUUUAAAGAAGUUGUGAAUACUAGCCUUUGGAAAGCAAAGGUGUCGAGCUACUGCAAGCCAUUUUAGAAUCCCACCACAAGUGUAGUCAUUAGAGAGUAGGACGCUCCUGAUUAGGAGCUAUGCCAUGUCAUGCAGAGCCAGCCCAUUAGCUGUGAGUGUCAUCUAUUGACUCUCUUGUAAGUGUAGUGGAGGCAGAGAGCGGUGCUAGGCAGAUUCCAGCUUUGAAUGUUUACACUGGUAGGGAGCCAGGGCACUCCUGCUACCAUAACCAUUACAGCAUGCUUUAGUGGUUAUGGUUCUUGGAGUAUUCACUUAAUUUUCUCUCCUUUUAGUAUUUCUGACAUUUGGAUACAGAAGCACUGUUGUAUGAUAUUAAGGAUUUACUGUGCUGAUCAUUUCUACACCAAUUUAUAACUAAAACCAAUAAGAUAACACAUUUGCUUUUUUUUUUUUUAUUAAUACUGUCCGAUUUUAAGAGAAUAUGUGCAUGUUUUAAAUAUUAAAAUGAAAAAAAAAGGAAGAAAAUAACACUUUUGUACUUGUACAGGCAAUAUGCUCUUCCUAAUGAACAAAACAUUAUAAGUGUAUGGCGUAAAAUAAUAUAUUACUAAAAACAACUUAGUACAAAAUACAUGGAUAGAUCUAACCUAAAAUGAAACAGAGCAGGUUUGUAUCUCAUUCACGAAAAUCAAAGGAUAUGAAACUUGAACAAAUUCAAUGAUGGUUCCUAAAAGAGAAGGCAGUUCCAUUUCCACCCCAUGAUAUGCCUCCAAUUUCUUCUUUUUAGGGGUCUGUUGCAUAAAGGUGGUAUUUGAGUCAUAAGAUGACGUGUACACAGUAAUGAACUUUGACACUGCAGUAUCUGUUAGGAACCAUUAUAAGGUGAAUUUGCAGAGUUCUCUAAUUGAGCUGUUUUGCACUUGGCUAUUUUGUACUAAAAAUUGGAACUCUAGACAUUUUAUAGUCUAUAAACUGCCUCUCUUUUAUCUCUCUUCUAUCUGUCGCCACAUGCAUUUUACCACCUUAAAUUAUUCAAAAGAAGAGAGGGUGGUUUGAACAGAGAUUAAAAUGUCCACUUGGGCUUGUUGCUCCAUCAUUGACACCUCACCAAAUGCUUCAUAGACAAGCUUUAGCAUCAUCAAGAUGAUGCCUGCACUGAGUGCCAAAGCUUGCAGCCUGAAAUGGAAUAUGUUGAGGAAGGGCUGGUGAUGGUUGAAACAGGUACAGCCCCUAUUUUGCAGCAGAUGAAUGAGAUGUGCUCCUAACUUGCCUAGGAGAUGACUAGGAGUUCCAGAGAGAUAUAGCAGAUGAUGCAGGCACUAGGGCAGAGGACAGCUGAACUGAAUUCAAGAGUUGAAUAGGUGGUGUUGGCUCAUAACACCCUCAUGGAUCACUUCAAUUAUCUUCAUUAUUGGCUAAUGGAAGUCAAUAUCACACUCAAAGAUUUAGUCAAUGGGCUAUAUUGGAACAAACUGAGGCUUUGGGGCCUGCCAGACGACUCUAGGGAUGAAAACAUACCAUCUCUACUCAAACAGAUAUUUUACCCGCUACUGUUGGACAUACCUGAUUACCUCUGGAUGAUGGACAGAGAUUUCUAAACUCUACGGGAGAACAGUCAAGGGAUACCCUGACCCAUUUCUGUCAUUUAUCUACUUUUCAAAUUGCCUUGUGGACUUUACCUUAUAGGAGACAUUAACAGACCACAUGGACAUUCAUAUCAGUGGUUUAAAAUUUACCAUUAAACUUUUUUUACUUUUUUUUUGUAUUGUUUCAAGCUUUUGUUGCUAUCCUCGUCGCUCCCUGUGUAGCAGCUUAGAUGGGAUAUAUCUUAGUAUUACCUCACUCUUUUUAUUUACAGCUAUGCAUUAGUAAAAUAUUUCUCUAAAGUUAAAUCUAUCAGCUCUUAAGGUAAUCAUCAUGUCUCUAUUGAGGACUAUCCUCCGUUUUCUUAAUAGUUUUGUUGGCACCCACUUACCGUUUUGUUUGUUUUUAUUUCUAUGCAGUGGGUUAUAGAACUCUGUGCUGGUGUUGGGCUGCCCUUCAUAUGUCCUCUUUGUUUAUCGGAGAAGAUUCUCUCUAAUGUACUAAUACUAUUAUCUAUGAUACUGUACCUUUAUUUAUAGGUAUAUACUGAUCGUACAUUUGUUUUGCUUAUAUGUUUUUGAUCAGCCUGGUGCUCUGCACAUGCUAUGUGCCCUUGUUCCACCAUGGCAUCCUCUCUCCACAUAUAUCGCCUAUUACUGUAAUAAUGUGUGAAUGUCCCUUUUGUUGGACCUCUUAGUGCUUUCACGUCCUAUGUACAAGGGAGAGGUUGAAUAACCUGUGUGUCAGGGUGGUGGUAGGUUCACUUCCCACUUGGACCAUCCAUGUGUCAGGUGUGGGUAGGAGUCACGCCUCCACCGGUGCUGUGUGGUUACAGUAAUGUGAAAUUUUUAAUUUCUUUUCCACUAAAUGCAAAUGAGGCUGUUUGCCCCUCUUAUUGCAUCAUAUUAAUUCCCUUCAGCAUUCUCCUUUACUGAGUGCAUUUUAUCAUCACAGUCUUGAGUGCUUUAUGUGCUUCUCUAUUUUAACCAUAAGGUUGUUUCUUUAAAUGCUAAAGGCAUAAAUAAUCCUACUAGACACUGGCUGUUGUUGAGGGAGCUUAAGCAUCUAUGUGCUGAUAUCACCUUCAUUGAAGAGACCCAUGCCCCAAGGUCUGCCCCAUAAUCAUAAUCAUAUGUACAUUACUCUGGUUCAUUCCGUUAUGUGAAUUUGGUGGAGAUUCUCAUGCAGAAGAGUUACACACUUCAGGUAACCAAUCUUUCUAUUGACAAUGAUAGGAGAGUCAUCUUACUUACAGGAACAAUCAUUGGGGAAAUAUUACCUUUUCUAAAUGUAUAUGUUCCUAAUGUUGCUGAUCCUGCAAUAAUUUGGUUAUUAUGUUGGAGCCUUGUCUCCAGGGAUCUGAAUGCUGUGUCAUGUUCUGCAGCUGAUAAAAGUGCUAAAAGAUGAAUUCCACACUCCAUAACUACUCUAUAAAUGAAUGUGUUCUUGUCUGGAGAGCCCAUCAUCCAGAUGUAUUAGAAUUCAACGCUUACUCUACCCCAUGUUAUACUUAUUCAAGGAUAGUUUUAUUUUUAACUAAUGUCAUGCUAGUCCCCUUUACUAAAAGGAGCUAAUAGAAUGGACACCUUACUAGCCAGAAGCCUAAAACCUAGAACCAAAGGCAAACUCAUUACUGCAAUUUAGGAUGCCUCUGGCACUUCAGUUACUUCUGAUAGUAUUAACAAGCUGUUUACUCAAUACUUCUCUGCCUUAGACACUCAUUCACCAUCCCAGCUCUAAAAUCAAUCACAUGGCAACUUUUCCUCUUUCUACCAAAGAAAAUAUUUAGAUAUCUAUUGCUUAGGAUCUUUGUCAGGAAAAAGCAAGGCAUUAUACACUUUGCUGUAUAAUGCAUUUUGCUCAAACCCUGGUGUAUGGGAUGAUCUAAUGUAUUGUAUAUAUGAGGAGCAAGAUUUGAAUGAACAUCAGGAGGGAGGCAUGUGGGAAGAUAUCUGGUAAGUGGCUAGAAGGAUCUUUAUUUGUGUUUUCUUGCAGAACCAAUUGUUCAAAUUGUUAAUGAGAUGGUACAGCACCAGAGUAAAAAAAAAAAAAACAUGGGUAGAACCCUAAAGGAUUUAGGCUGGCGAUUAUGUGGCUCUAAGGUAACAUUCUUCCACACAUGGUGGAAUUGUCCUGUUGUGGUCCCAGUGUAGUAGGCAGCAUUUGUUGUCCCGAGUGUUUCAUAGACCUUUUGACCCUGGCCCUUCUUUCUUGCUCAUAGAUGGUUUUGAUAACCUUUUUAGAGCGUUGUUGUCUAGAUAGUUAGAAACAGUACCUGCCAUCCCAGAGGUUAAUGCCAAGAUAGUGGACAAUGGUCUAAUAGAUAGGCUCACAGCGCUUGUGCAUAAUACACUAUCAUCAUCCACAACACCCUUGGCUUUUGGGAUGGUUAUAUUGCAUAAUUUGUCAGGCACUCCACAGUGAGUGCUAGUUGUUAAAUGUAUUAUUUUUUAUAAAAUUGUUUUUUAUUUUUGUUAUAAUUUAUUUUCAUAUCUAAACAUGUUUUGCAAGAAUUGUUUCUGUUCUCAUGCCUUUGUGCAUUGUAAUUUGCACUUGUUGAUAAAUAAAAAAGUAUCCAAUAUUGUCUAACACUAAUUUUUUUGUCUAAUUUUCCUCAAAACACAGUUUAGUGAACAAAUGCCUUUCAAUCUCAAAUGCUCUCCUCUACCUAAUUAAGUUAAUUCUAAUCUAAAAAAAGAAUGCUCUCCUUAUCCCAUCUCUGUAAAUUAGAAUUUGCUAGGAAGAGCAUGAGUUUUAUGUUAUUUUCUGAAUUUUGUGCGCUGACCUUAUAGAGCAUGACAUUUAUAAUUUAGAAGACUCUUCACUUAGGAUAGGACUUUUUGGGUGAUGUAUUCAUUGUGUGUGUAAGACAUGUUUGGUAUCUACUGCAAUGGAGUGAUGAAAAAUAGGAAUUUAUAUAAAAAUCAACUUUUUCUUCUUAACACUUAACUCCUCACAGUUGUACCACAUUUUAUUUAAAACAUUGGAUUUAUAUCUAAUAUGUAAGUUUUUAAAUAAAUUAAAAAAAUACCAUGUAGACUGCUGUUAAGGGAACAAAAAGUCAAUUUACUGAUUAUUUUUAUAUUUUUCCAGUUACUUACUUUGCGAAAAUAUUGAAAUUUUAAAUAUAUCAAUGACAAUUCAUUUUCCUAAUCCCAUAUCUUGCAGUACUUCAAAAACAUUAAGAAAAGUGAAAUCAGAAAGACACAUAACAAUUUAUAUAAAUAUAAUAUAAAGUAAGCCAGAACUAUAUAUUAUAUUGGUCAAAUAACCGACCAAUUUAUAAGGAAUUUACUAAUGGCUUGGGGAAGCUGUCAGAGUCAAACAGUAUGUAAACAGUAUGACUGAAUCUAAGCAUAAUGUUCUCAUACAGAAAAUGUCAUUGUAAGAACCAAUGUUACAAGAACAAAGUGGAGUAGGUUUGUUUAAUUAAUACAAUCCAAACUGAAACGUAUACAUGUUAUUGGUACCAAGGGAUUAAAGCUAUGCACAGUUCUGGUAAAUAACUACCCAACAGCUAUUUGAAAUGCAUUCAGGUAAUUUAACCAAGAACUAGGUAAUGUGGCAUAUUUAGUAGUGCAAGUAUUCUUCUCAGAAUUAGGUUAAAAUAUGUGACUCCUGUAAUAUUGAGCAGGGUGAGCAAACGACAGAAAACCAAUUGUUGCAGAACUGAAACGUCCAUGAUGCUUUGCCCUUCUACUGGCAAAGCAUCAUGGCAUUUGUAGUUCUACACCUGCUAGGGAUCUACUGUUUUCUCAGCCCUGAGGGUUUCACUACGGUGCAGUUAUAAUUAUGCGACAUGAUGUUUUAUGAGUUUGUAGCUCUUGUUAUAUUUCCAGAUAUGUUUUAAAGAAAUACUCUUGUUCUUAAGUAACAUUAAAUGUUUUUGAACUUGGGUAAAUUAUGGUUGUUCAUAGAAUGUGCACAUUUAGAGCACUGACUUUGUAACAUUUUAAGACUUGUUUACCUUUGAUACUACCAAUACUUAGAUUGUUUUAUGUGGUUCCUGUCACUCCGGACCACAACCAACCUCAGGUAACCAUAUUAGAAAAAUGGACUCAAAAUAGUGAGGUGUAUUCAUUGAACAUCACGUUGAAUUGAAUACUUAAAAUACAAAAUUUCAGGAGAUAUUGCCAAACUGUGACUGUCACUAAAAUGUAUAAUCUUCCAAACCUUCUAUUUUUGCCUAAAUUUUGCAAAUCAGUUUUCAGUUACAUUAGGUGUACAUUUAGUGUACCCAGUGUAUCCAACAUAUAAGCAAUAUUUGGGGGUGUCUACAGUUGACCAAGCAAGCAUAUGACCCCAGUUGAUGCUACGCUGACGUACUUAAGACCAUUUUGCCCAAGUAUUGUGUGUUUUACUGUUCACAAUAAGUAACACUGAAUAAGGAACUAUUCUGUUGAUGUAUAUGUUUUGAAAACCAGGACUUUCUUUCAAACAGUCUUCAAAACUACCUGUGGCUCUGUUUUUAACAUUAUUUUUAGGGGGAAAAAUCUUGAGAUGCUUUGUUUUUGCCAGACUGUGGGCAAUGUUACACAAAUAGAUCUCUUACACAUCCAUUUUCUCACUUUUUCCACCUAUAUAUUGUCAUCAGCAUCCAAUAUUCCUUUUUCUUUUUUUUUUUUAAUGAAUUUAAAUACCUCUCCUAUCUUGCUUCUGUUACAUUUUUUCUUUCUCUCAUAAUUUCUUUUAAUUCCAGUAUUCUUGUUCUCUUGAGUAUUUGUCACACUCCCUUUCUCCCUCCUCCUUUUUUUCUCUCACUAAGAUCCCUCUCUCUGCUCUCCUUCCCUUUUCAUACCAGGCAGCAGAAUAGCAGGGAGCUGUCUUUCAGCACCAUGGAUAAAAAAAUGACGCAUCUGUUCCCACUCCCUCCCUCGCAUUCAUGCAUAAGGACCACCUUACACCCCGCAUUCCGAUGCAAUGCUCUGCAGGCCCUGUGCAAAGAAAUGAAUCCCAAGCAACAUGUUACAGUUACAUUCGCUCGACCCCUCCCCCUGCCGCGCUGCACACAGCUCUAAUUAACAGCCUCGUUAGGAGAUUGAGAGGCAUUAGCAUAUGAAAACACGAUCCACUGUUUGUUUUAGUCUGUGUGGGUGCGAGGGAGGGAAUGUGCUUGUCUGAGGAGGGGGCAGCCAUGUGUUUGGGGGAGACCCUUAACUUUUUCGGUUCCACAGGGCCAAGAAUGAUUUUCUGCCAAAGCCUUUAGUACAUUCAGCACAGACACACUGCUUAUUUCUCUGCCCUGCUGAAGAUGGGCUUCCACAGAAAUAAAACUGGCAUUAGCAUGAAAUUUAUACUGGGUUUUAAAACACGUUUGUUUUGCAGAUUGCUGAUUGCCUUUUCAAGUCCAUAAACGUACAGUAUGUUCUCUGCCCCCUCACCCCCUGACAUACAGAAAAAUCUUCAAUAUAUUUGCAAUGCAUUACAGCAUAAAAGCAUCUUGCCUCCUUUCCUGGUUGCACAAAUGUCAGACUCCCUUUUCAUCUUUCCUAUAUGCCCCCACACCUCUGCGUUUCCUAAUGACUUCUCCCUUUUGCCACCAUUCAAAUUUGCUGCUAUUGCCAUUUUUCUUGUUUUCCGCCACCUUCAUUCCUCUUUUCCACAUCUCUAAUGCUCUACUGGUAGUUUAACUCUUCUGUGUUCUCAGAAUUCAAUAUCUCUUUCCUUCCUUGCUGCUUUGUGUCUCUCUACCCCCUCCCCCCAUAUUGCCAAGGUUCUUUGCAUCCCUCUCAAACACACACACACACACACACACAGGAACAUACACACACCUGCUUCUUUUCCUUUCUUUCUCCUCCCACACCUCUCUCAUUUCUUUUAUUCUAUCACCAAAUGCAGCUCACUCUGGGCAGCAGGAACAAAGCUCUUUUUUUGCGUUCAAGAUGUUGUGCCUUUAAUACAGCCUUUCCCUGUUAUGUGAUAUGAACAAAACAGCUAAAGAGGCUUUGUCGUUCCGUUCCCCUUCCCUCCAUUCUUACACUUGAGUACCUUUUUCUAGAUGUGUAUAAUAAAUCUAAUAUGUAUGCGGUUUAGGCUGCAGUAAGUUAUGCAUUUAAAUCAGAAUAAAGGCAAAGCUACUCUCUUGCAAGCAAUGGGGAGUAAACUAAAUACAGUGUUUUAGAACUAUAUCGCAGCACAUUAUUAAAGUGACAGGCAAACAUUCUUGCCUACAGUACUUCGUCUUACAUGUAUGUGCUAAUAAUCUCCUGUCCCACCACAUUACACAGGACUUUCAGUUAUAUGUUUACAUACUAGAUUUACAUUGCAUAAUCUCUAUUCUAGAUUAUUAUUUAAUAUAACGUUUGACGAUUUUUUCGACAUAAUUGUUAAAGCCCAGCAACAUACUUUUUGCAACAUUUUCCGCUGGUUAAACACGCAAGUACAAUGGACACUUUGAGGUUUAUUUGCUAAAGAAUGAUCUGCAGUAAUUUGAUAACUGAAUUGCAAAUUUACGCUAAAAUAGCCAAGAUAGAACAAUAGCUGAUUUGGGAUACGUUUUAUAUUCGACUAUUUUUACCUAUAUUUUGCAAUCUGAUUGUCAAUUUACGCAAAUUGUAGUAUUGGAGUAUUGUACACAGUACUGGAGACCGUAUCUUCAGAAGGAUAUUGAUAUCUUAGAGAGGGUUCAGAGUAGGGCUACUAAACUGGUUCAUGGAUUGCGGGAUAAAACUUACCAGGAAAGGUUAAAGGAUCUUAACAUGUAUAGCUUGGAGGAAAGACGAGACAGGGGGGAUAUGAUAGAAACAUUUAAAUAUAUAAAGGGAAUCAACACAGUAAAGGAGGAGACUAUAUUUAAAAGAAGAAAAACUACCACAACAAGAGGACAUAGUCUUAAAUUAGAGGGACAAAGGUUUAAAAAUAAUAUCAGGAAGUAUUACUUUACUGAGAGGGUAGUGGAUGCAUGGAAUAGCCUUCCAGCUGAAGUGGUAGAGGUUAACACAGUAAAGGAGUUUAAGCAUGCGUGGGAUAGGCAUAAGGCUAUCCUAACUAUAAGAUAAGACUAGGGACUAAUGAAAGUAUUUAGAAAAUUGGGCAGACUAGUUGGGCCGAAUGGUUCUUAUCUGCCGUCACAUUCUAUGUUUCUAUGUUUCUAUGUUUAGUGCUUAGGUAUAAAUACCCAAUGGUAAUAUAAUAUAAUGGAAUAAGACAAAAUAGCAUGUUUAUGUCAAUCACAUGUAUAAUAGUUCCAUUUCCUCUUUUGGCAUAUUGAAAAAUAUUGAGACACAUUUAUUAUGUGCGGUACAAUUUUCAGCAUUUAAAAAGUAAUAGACAAAUUUGCUUUACAACAAAAGGUCACGAUGGGCCUCAUGGUACAUAGCAAUGUGACCAAACUGAUUGAUUUAUGUAGCUUGUGAAUCUCUGGGGCCUCCUAAACAAGAGCAGGUGACAUUUGAAUCUGAUGGCACAGAUCUCUUACUAAUCAUUGUGUUCAAUGAUAGCAGGAAAUGACUGUGUGGAAGAGGUAUAACAUUGUAGGUCCAGUUCCAUACGUCUCUGUGUAUGAUUAGCAAAUGCAAGAUGUAUAUUAAUGCAUUCUUUCUGACAACAAAAUGUAUACCAAUUUUUUCUGAUCACAAUAAUCUUUCUUAUUUGUAUUUAUUACACUUCUUCCCUUUUUCAAUUUCAUUUUAGAGUUCUCUACAUUGUUAUUUACAUUAUCCUUUUUCAUAUGAAAAUUGCAUCACACAAACCAGAACUCAUAGCAAAAGUUUCCCCCAGAUGUAGAAUUGUACUGGGCUCAUUUUUGGUACUUUGGGGUAUGACAUUGGUUGAGAAUAACUAUGCAUACUCCAUGUAAGAUACAUCACUGCUCUCUGUUUUAUUCUGAAAAAAAUGCCUAGAUUUGGCUUUUUUUAAAUUUCUUUUCAAGUAUAAGUUGCAUCCAGGACUGGCGUUAAGGUUAAGUGACAUGUAUGAUUACAAAGGGAAAAUAUUUUAAUUAAUAAAUGUGUUUAUUAAUAGAUAUGUUUCUUAUUGGUUAUUUUAUAGGGUUAGGUGUAAUUGGCUUGGAGAGUAACAUAGUUUAUAGAUUUAUCUGUCUGAAGUCUGAAUCCCAAUACACACUGGAAACUCUUCUGACCAAAGUUCACAGAAUUUAAUUGACACCUCCAUAUAACCAGAGUAGGGACACCUAGAGCUCUGUUGCUAUUAAAUACCCCUUGCAUAAGUGGUAAUUAAUGUGGAAGUGUGGCCCCCUCAUCUAAUUACGGCAAACCUGGCAUUACCCUCCCUGUCUACUUUUUAAAGGUUUUUGCUCCUGACCAUGGUAUUUAUCUGAUAUAUCAGAAUGGAAAAAGGGUCAAUACUGUCCAAAAUGUUUCCAAUUUUCAUUAAUUAAUAAAGAUUAAUAGAAAUACAUUUUCAUCACUUUGAUUAUCUCUGUUGACUCUAAAACAUCUAUAUUUAUCUGUCCUGGUUAGCACUGUGAUAUCUGUAGCAUUCCAAAUACAAAAUGAAAGGCACUGAAGAUAAUGGAGACUCAAUGUGGUAUUGUGCUUGGCUGGAAACUAACCCAGGAGAAGCAAAUUAAUUAUGGACAUGUAUAUCAUUCUUCACUUUCCAGCCAUGGAACUAGAGAGGUCUAUUUUCUCUAUUGCAAAUAUAUAGCUAUUGGUUUCUAUUAAUGUAUUGGGACAUUUGUUUAUUAGUUUAUUUUAAAGAAGCCUCUUUCUGAGGGCAGAAGACAAUGAGUUUGAGGUAUUUUUUUCAUUUUGUUAAAUCGUUUCUCUAAUAUAAAAUACAUGUUUUAUAGUUUACAGGGUCAGUUUUAUUUUGUAGGUAUAAAGAUCAGCAAAGUAACUCUCUCCUCCAAUUAACUUACAAAAAUAAUGGAAGCAGAAGGGAAUAUAAAAUUAUUUCAUUAAUUUUGGCAUCUAGAAAAGUCUGGGGCUACUUAUGUGAUCAUCUAGGACCAUAGCUAUUAGCUUGAUCUAGAUGACAUUUCUACCUUAGACACCUACUUAGGGCCCCAAGCACAAUAUUUAAUAGUUUGCCAACUCAUUUCACAGUUCCUAGGGCCUCAUACAAGGUCAACAUGAACUCCUCCCUAUCAUUAUCAAUGGCUGGCAAUUUUAUAACAUGACAGGAGGCUUCCUAUUUUGCAUUAACUUUCUUUACUAACUCCAUAGCAGCAAAGAAAAAACUGUUAAAAGAAAGAACCAAUCAGAGUGAAACAGAGAAUAUAUAAGUCCAAGCAUAGCCAAUCAUUUCCUCUUUCCUUUCUGCUCCAUCACAAGUCAGGUCAGAGUACUGAUUUCUUAAUAGUAUUUUGUUAUGCAGGAUCUUUGUAUAGAUUUACUGUAUUUUAUUAUCUUUGACAGCUACCAUCUGUUAUAUUGGGGGUGACAGGGGUGCUUCUAGAGGGACCAUCCCUUCUCCCCUCAGGGGGGCUGAUCUUACCAGCUUGUGGAUGUAGGGUUCAGGGACUGAACUUCCCAGUACAGUGACUGGUCCUAUUGAUAUGUCUGCACAUAUUGGGUUAGUACCACACCAUUAGCUAGUUUUUUUGCUGUAACCCGUUGCAGACACCCUCCCCCACCUCCCCCACCUCCGCCACCUCCCCCACCUCCCUCCUCCCUGUCUCAUCUAGUGGCUACGCUUGCCACCUUUCCCGCCUCCGUCCCGCUCUGUUCGCAUCACCCAUUAUGCGAACAGACCGGGUCACACAGUGCUUGUGUGCAUCUCAUGACCGCAGCCCACCUGUUCACUCUGGUAACUGAGAAAAGGCGCGAACAGUGCGGACAGUCGCGGUUCGUGUCUCACUGCGAAUUAGGAUACUGUGGCAGGAGAUUUGCACGAACAGACUGUUACCAUACUUACCAGGGAACCAGUCCGUUCGUGGGUUUCCACCUCCAGGAGCGUUCGGCGGUUUAAGCUAUAAGCGAACGGCUGUUCGCGGAUUGGCUGCCGAACGCGUCAAAGUUACUAGCUUUUCGCUGGCUUUUUUCUGCCGCCCCAGGCUAUCUCGCGGGACCCGCGGCAGCCAUUUUGUUGGCAACAGUUUAGAAGGAUCACAACACCCAUCAGGACAAGGCUCUCGUUUGGGGGAGAUUUAGACAGAAUUGCUGAGGUGAAGUCCACUUGGGACCUACACAGGUUGGUGACAUUUCCCCUGGGGAGUAGGACUGCCAGUAAGGUUUAACCCAGUAGUCUGGCAAGGGGUGAGCCCCCAUUUGGGAUCAGUCCCUGAGUGCUGCAUAGCGGCAACUGUUAAAGCAGUUCCGAUAACCUGGGUGAGCCCCAGUGCUUAAAGAGUCCGGUUUCAUGCCACUGAGCGGUGGUUAUAUGGCCGUCGGCCGGCCUGAGUCCCUCCCACACGGUCCCUCACCUCUGACUCCUAUACCCAUGUCUGUUAGUGCCCAUACAAUGGAAGACACACUUGUGAGCUUCAGGCCAUGAUCAACGCGGCGGUGGCUGCGUCCUUAGAAAAGGCGUUAGCAAAGGCAAUACCUACAACCACUGAAUCUACCACAUUGGCUACCAAGCAACGCCAGAACAAAGAGGACUCAGAUGAGUCAGAUGACUCCUCUAAAGAGAAAAGCCACCCGGCAAAACGCCACUGGAAGGGCGAGGGGUCCAAAAAGGCCGCCUUCAAAGUCAAGACACCACUAAAGCGCAGUAAGCACGCUAUGACUAUGACUCCCACGUGCACUGGGGAGGUGUCCUCAGAUGAGGAAAAAGAUAAACCCCACUCCCUCUCCAUCUUGAAUGAGUGGCAGGCAGAAGCCUCCGAUUCUGACUAAGGUGGUUGGGGCUCAAACGCCUAUGUCAUGGAGACAUUCCUUGGUGAGCCCCAGACUAAAGGAGACGCGGAACCCUCCGCCACAACCACACAGGAACAAGAGAUAUUCCUAGACGCCACGGGUCACAGAAUGUUUGACCCCAGGAACAUUCGCCACCCCCGUUCUGGGGAAUGGGCUCCACCUGAUCACCUCCUCCGGUUUAUGCAUUUUUGGAUACGUAAGCCCCUGGAAAAACACAUGCGCAAGAGGAUGCGGGUGGAGUGCCCCAGACCGACUCUGCCAGACAAGGUGGCAUUUACACCAGAGUUCGAUCAGCUCAUGCUGACGUUCAUGGAGCAAGGAGGCUGCGACCCACGUAGGUGAAUCGAAAAAAGCUUUAAAGGGGCGCAAGACAAGCUCCUGGACACGAUGGGGCCGUUGGCCCGAGUAAUGUACCUGGCGGAUGAUGCCUACGCCAGAGCGGACUCGUUUACAGCGGACAUGGUGCAUGAGUGGGCGCAUGAUAUCCGAGAAUGGGCCCAGAGGGGCUUCUGUUUUCUCAGUAAUACUAAUGCGUCCCUCUCAACAGAGUGGCGCCGAGCAGCACUUUUCCGCAUAGACCCCAAACUGGCUGAUCUAGGGGUAAAGGAACUGGGCCCACAAGCACAGGGCAAACUCUUUGGUGACGCUUUUAUGAAAGAGCUGAAUAAACACGUCAACGUAUUUACCUCACUGAAUAGAGCCCGCACAUCCAUGCGCAAGGUCUUCCGAGGUACCUCCGCAAGGGGUGUUUUUUCCAGGGCUGGUCGGCAACGGGGCCGUGCCACUAGCCGAUUCUGGCCAUCAGGCCCUUGCAUGGGUUAUUCACAACAAUUCUACCCGCAACGAAAUUAUCAGGGCACCGGAGCUAAACAACCCUACCCCUACUACCAAAGGGGCACAGACAGAGGACGAGGUGGUCGUGGACGCACCCGCGCACGCUUCCCAACAGGUAAGAGACCACUGUUGCUCGAUACCACAACUAACCAUGAUUGCGGGCCGUGUUUCUCUUUUUUCCCAGAACUGGGCCCAACUAUCCACGGACGCUUAGGUAUUGCAGACGGUCAACGGAUACCGAAUUGAAAUACGAACAACCUCCAUUCAGAGAUUUCCUCCCCGUCCUUUACGCCUCUCAACUACGGACGCUCACCUCAUAGACGUGGAACUCCGCAAGCUACACAAGAAGGGCGCUAUACAACCCGCGCACACACGAGGAGGCUUCUUCAGCAAUAUGUUCCUCAUCCGCAAAAAGACCAGGGAUUUCAGACCGGUGAUCAAUUUAAGAGACCUGAAUGCGCAUGUGUCCUACCGUCACUUCAAAAUGGAGGGCAUACACUUACUGAGGGACCUCCUCCAAGAAAAGGAUUGGUUUAUGCGUCUAGACCUCAAAGACGCAUAUUUAUCGAUCCCAAUCCAUGAGGACAGCCGCCCCUUCCUCCGGUUCCUCUGGAACGGCUCCCCAUGGCAAUUCACGUGCCUCCCUUUUGGACUGAGCUUGGCACCAUGGUGCUUCACAAAAAUGCUGAAACCAGUGGUCACACACCUCAGGACACAAGUGAUCAGAUGCAUAAUUUAUCUGGACGACAUUCUUUUAUUCUGCAGAACAAGGGAGCUGGCUGUACAACAUACCGAAUAUACGGUACAAUUAUUAGAAUCCUUGGGCUUCAUCGUCAACAGGGCCAAAUCCGCAAUGAAACCUGUACAGAAAAUCCAAUUCCUUUGCUUCGAGAUCGACUCCAGGUCCUGUACUCUCCACUUCCUGUCCGCCAAAGUGACAGCCAUCAAGAGAGAGAUCCGCAGAGUACUAAAAUUAGACUCCACUCCGUCAACUGGCACGGAUCGUGGGCCUACUAUUCUCAUCGAUACAAGCCAUAUUUCCGGGGCCCCUUCACUACCGUGCUAUGCAACGGCUGAAAGCCAGCCUCCUGCGACAGAACCCCACAUACAAUCAACCGGUUCCGCUGUCGGAAGAAGUAUAUCAAGAACUCGAAUGGUGGCUCCAUUGUAUGCAAGCGUGGAAUGGUCGGGCCAUCUUCGGCAACCAACCGGACUUCGUCCUGGAAUCGGAUGCGAGUCACCUGGGGUGGGGCUCCACAGAUGGAGAAACAUCCACAGGAGGAACGUGGACACCACAAGAAUUAUCGAUGCACAUCAACUGCCUCGAACUACUAGCGGGAUCUUUUGCUAUACGUAGCCUAGCAAAAGGAUGAAUGGACAACAUAUCGGCAGUGCGGUACAUCAAUUAUUUGGGGGGUACCCGAUCACGAACUCUGGUACAUUUGACGAAGGAAAUCUUCGACUACUGCCUCCCUCGCAACAUUACGAUACGCGCAGAACACCUACCAGGGGAGUCGAACCUUACGGCAGACUGGUACUCCCAACACUGGAGAGACGCCAGCGACUGGCAGUUGAACCCGCGGAUAUUCGCUCACCUACACGAGCAGAAAGGACCCUUUAUACUGGAUCUGUUUGCUUCAUGCAACAACCACCAGGUACCACAGUUCUACAGCUGGCUCCCAGAUCCGGAAUGCUUGGCCGUAGACGCCUUCACCCAACACUGGCCGAGACAAGGGGCGUACGCCUUUCCCCCAUUCGCCAUGAUUGCAAGAGUUCUCCACCAUGCGCGAAGACGAAUAGUGCGGCUAACCCUCCUGACACCCCUCUGGCCGAGUCAGCCCUGGUUCCCGGACCUUCUCGAAUUGUCCUACCAGGACCCGAUUCUACUGCCGAAUGACAACAUGCUACUCAGAGACCCGGCGGGGAACUCACACCCGAAGUUGUUAGACGGACGCCUAUCCUUGGUAGCCUGGACUCUUUCAGGGGAGCUUGGUGUACCGACGACUUAUCGACAACAGCUAAGGACUUCCUAUGGGAUUCCUGGGCCCAGGGAACACGGAAGAGUUACUUAUCCACAUGACGAUCUUGGACCAUUUGGUGCAUGGGAUGGGAUCAGGAUCCCUUUACAACCCGUGUUUCGGAUAUCAUGAAUUUCCUCUCGUCUCUCUUCGAGGAAGGCAAGUCAUAUCGCACUAUCAACGUUAUGAGAUCGGCUAUCUCGGCAGCACACGUACCGUCCUAAGGAAGGGCGGUCAGACAGGAUCCACUAAUAUGUCAUCUACUACGGGGCAUCAAAUUAAGGAGGCCCCCAACACCUAAAUACCAACACUUAUGGAAUGUGGAUAUCGUCCUUCGUUUCCUGAGGAACUGGCCCACCAACGAACUUCUAUCCUUAAAAAAACUGACUGCAAAAUUCGCCUUCCUGUUGUGCAUGGUUUCCUUCCGGAGAGUGGCAGACGUCCGGGCGUUCGACAAGGACGCUUUUUCCAUCGACCCGGAGGGAGUCACAUUCCACAUCUCAUCAUCAGUGUUCUAUCCAUUCUUCAACUUGGAUCCUCAGCUGUGCGUGGUUAAAGCUCUACGAGCAUACGUGGCGGCAACAGAGGCUUUACGCCCACCGACAGCACGACAAUUAUUGGUGUCAUAUGUCAACCCACACGGUCCCGUUUCGGUCACCACAUUGGCCAGAUGGAUCAAAUGGCUUCUCUCCCUAGCCGGAAUAGACUCUUCCUUUGGUGCACACUCCGUUCGAGGGGCAGCGGCAUCAUCAGCUUUCCUAGCAGGCGCAUCUCUGUUAGAUAUUCUACAAACGGCAGAUUAGUCCCGAGAAUCGACAUUUCGGACUUUCUACUUCCGCCCAUCGUCCAAUGCCGCAUUCGCUCUUCUACUUAAGCGUUAAAAUUGCAAAAUAGGAAACCUCCUGUCAUGUUAUAAAAUUUAAGAUUAUGCUAGCAGUGUACUAAUAAUCUUAAUUUUAAUAAUGACAGAAGGCGAGUAUUUUCCCUCCCUUUCUUCUUCUUGAUGUUCCCACCCAAAUGGAGGUAAAUUAAGGCUAAUGAGUAGGAUCUAAUCCUGUGUUUCACUUUAGGUUCAAAAAUGAGUUAGGAUAGAGUAUUACUGUCUUUUACAAUGUGGAUUCAUUUACACCAUAAUAUUUUAGAGAUAGUCGAAUAUAAUUAGUGAAGAGUUUACAUACAUAACCAGACAUUUGUUACCUAUGGUCAGUUCCGUAUCACUGAUACUAGUCUCUCUUUCCUUUCAGUUUAAGAAGUUUUAUGGAUGAUGGAGAAGUCGACAGUCCUUGUUGUUUCCCAGUUGGAUUAAGUUGAAUCAAGUUGGGUCAAGUUGGAUCGGACACGUUUGUCACACUAUGAACUUGUGAUGUCGCAUUAGUCAAGAGGAAAUGAUUGGCUAUGCUUGGACUUAUAUAUUCUCUGUUUCACUCUGAUUGGUUCUUUCUUUUAACAGUUUUUUCUUUGCUGCUAUGGAGUUAGUAAAGAAAGUUCAUGCAAAAUACUCGCCUCCUGUCAUUAUUAAAAUUAAGAUUAUUAGUACACUGCGCUAGCAUAAUCUUCAAUUCUUACUAUAUCUUAUUGUUAUAGACGAGCCCAUGAGCAGAGUCCUGGUGAAGUACUCUAAGAUGGUGAUGUUUGUUCUGUGUAGUGCAAGCAAAUUUAAUGACAUCCUUGCUCUGUGUUUACUGGUGCCUUGUCUCUGGUGUCCCCAUAAGUGGGAUGCCCACGGGUAAUAUAUGCCAGGGUUGGUAAAGGGUGUUUGCAUGUGUAAGAGGCUGCCUCUAGUGGUGUAUGUGUAUAGGGUAUGUAGUGUGCAUUUGUGUAUAGGUUCUGUAGUGUUUGUGUGCAUAUAGGGGGUAUAGUAUGUAUGUAUGUAUAGGAGGCUUUAUUAAUUUAAUUCCAGUUUUUAAAUUUUUAUUUUUUAUUUUUUUUUAAACACAUUCACCCCUCCCCAUUAUUACCAUUUAUCUCAUGAGCUUACAGUGUGAGAGCAUUGCUGUGGUACCCGUGGUAUGUUCUAAUACUAAAUGCCGGAGCUUGCAAAAGAUAUAUACGUUCUGCACCUAGAGGAUAUGCAGACUAGAGGGCUAAGGAUGCCCAUCUCCAUUUGGCAUUUAGGUUGAAUGUGAAGGCGAGAGAGAACUUUGAUCUUCCCACCAUAUCAUUAAUAGACAUCUUGUAGCCAAUGGAGAGAUCAUAAAACAAGAGUGGGGAGAUCAAGAGAUCAACAGACAAGCACCAUUUCUGGGCCAGCUGGGGAUCCUUUGAUUUCCCAUGUCAUCCUCAGCCUAUGGCCAUCACAGUCCACAGGCAAUUGCCAGAUCUGUCCAAUGGCUAAUGCGGGCUUAGUGGUGUGUGUGGAGGGAUUCCUGCCAUGCAUUUCUCUUGGAUCUCAUGGCAAUAAAAAAUUAUUAGGCAGAAUUUUAAAAACUGCUACUAGCUGGUACAUCAUAGUGAUCAACCACCAAGCAGAGGUACCAAUGUUUCCUUUAUUAAAAAACCUAGAAAAAUUGAAUUUUUGAGGGUUUACUAAAUACUUUGAAAUACUUUUUUGUGUAUUUAUAUUUACUUUUUGUAUCACACAGCCAUGUUAAAGUGCUGCCGACCACCCCAUAUGUUCCCUAUUAAGGGUUAGUAAGUAUAAUAUUGUAAAGCUCUACGGAAUCUGUUGGUGCUAUAUAAAUGGCAAUAAUAAUCAUAAUAAUGUAGGGGUUUAAUUAUUUUUUUUAAAUACCCCUCUCUGCCUCAUUAGAGCUUUUCUUUUGCUUUAAGCGGAAGCAAGCAAGGUGAAUUGUUAGUGUAGGACCCACCUAAGACAUUUGCCUUGAUGUGGCAGGUGGGCUUACAUCUAAUGGCAAUUGGAGUGAAAUUAAAAACAUCCAUUUAUAUAAAUAUGCACAGGGAUUUGAAAUAGUGCUCAAGUAACUUUUUCUCUGGUUUUUAUUGGAUGUAUUGGGGAUGAUGUGUACUAGGGUCAUUGCUGCCGCCCAAGAGUAGUGGGAGAUUGCACGCAGGACAUUUGUUUUGUGUAUUCAGGUUUACUUAAUGGGCUUCUGUCAGCAUGAGGCUCAUGCAUUUUUCAUAACAAUGUCAUACACUGUGCUCAUAUCAUAUGACAUUUACAUAGCAUUAGUCUGUUGAGGUGUUGAUGCACAUUUGAGUUCAUUUGAGAUUGGAUUCAAUUGCAACUUUUUUUCUUCCAGGUGAUACUAUUAUCAAGCUCUUUAGAGCAUUAUUCUUACAGAAGGACAUAUUGCUGUACACUGGAGAUUUGGCAACAAUAUUUUAGCCUUUUCAGUUCCUUGCAGACUAGGAAACCUGCAGACCAAAAUCACGUGAAUACAGUUGCAUAUAUCAGACUAUAAAUAGAGGUGAAAGAAUGAAUAUGUGUUAAACCUAUUUUUAAUAAAUCAAAUCUUGGAUCGCUGAUCUCUAAACGACAUUAUCCACUAUAAAAGAUCAAUUGGUUGAAACACAUUGGAACAGAUUGAAACUGCAGCUGCGUUACUUUCCAUCUGCUUGAUCAUUUCAAGAAAUACACACAUUCUUGGGCAGAAUCACAAACCAUUCGUCCAUCACUUCAACAAUCUGCAAAUCUUUCUCUCUUUCUGUCUCCCCAACAAAUAUUCCUCCUCUCCCCCUCUGCUCCACUAUAUCUGUCUACUGACUGCCGGGUACCUCAUGCCUUUUCUCUAGUGAGUGUACAAUGCAGCAGCUGGCACUGUGAGAUAACGGGCUAAUUAAAUCGGCAUUGUGUGAGUGAACUAGAGGAAUGAAAGGGAGCGUAAGAGAUGCCAUUCAUUGCCACUCUGUGCCACAGCAAUGGGAAAAACAUACAACAGUAGCAACAUUGUGCCAAGUACUUAUGGCAGGAUCCCUCAUAUAAAUUCUUGCCCUAAUAUGGAAAAAGCACAUAUGUACACUGUGGGUAAUUAAAUACCAGUCUUCUGUAGUGAAGCUCUGUUCUCGAGGACAUAUUCUCUAAUGCAUGGUCCCAAACAGAGAGUUCUAAUUAUUCGUACAAAAGCUUACACUAAAUCUCCUUCUAUAGAAUGGAGAACAUCAGAUUUUCUUUUGCCAAAUAAGAUAGCAUUGUUGCCUAUAAAUUGGUACUUAUAUCCUCUCUUUUAGAAAAGCUUUAUGGGAAAAUAUAGCUGAAAAGUGACUCACAGUUAGAUGCCUGUCAGUUUAAAUACCACUCUUUGAGGGUUAUUUACUAGAGAGAAUUGUCAGAGAUUCAAAGUGAAUUCAAGCUAAAUUUUUAAUUUAAGAUAUAAAUAUAUUCAGCUGUGCUUCCAGUUCAGCUAUUUUGGCAUUAAAUUAGAAAUUCACUUUGAACCUUGAAUUUCCAGGUUAAUUCCCACUUUAGAAAAUAGACUAUCUGGGUUUUAUCAACAGCUUCAGGAGCCAUUGCAGUGAAAAUUAAAAUAGACAGAUAACAGAAACAGACGCUAUUUUCCUUUUUUUUUUUUUUUGCCAGCCAUUGCAACGAUUAACCCAAAUAUGUUUAAUAUUCUAUUGGAAAUUUUGAAGUAGAUUAAUAAUACAUUAUGUUAAAUUAUUGCCACCUUUAAUAUGAGCGUAGCUAUGCUAAUAGCUGCAGUCUCUUGUUCUCUCACAGCUGUGUUAAAGCAGCUUUAAAUGUCACAUGAAAAGAGAGUGAAGAGGAAGGAUUUGCAGAGACUUGUCAUUUUGCAGACCACAGCCCCCAGCUCCAACAUCCCAAUGCAUCAUAGCGAAGAGAUAUAUUAAUCACAUUUGAUAUUUGGAGUUUGGUGACUUACACAACUCAUGCACAAAUAAAAUAUUGCUGGAGGAUGUCUCCCAUGCUUUCCCUUAUAUUUAGAACAUCCAAGGCAUUUUUAUUAUGGUGAAUACUAAUAAUAGAAAUAAUUUAUGAUUGUUUAGGUUUGUGAUAAACUAUAUGGUUGCAUUUUUUGGCAACUGAGCUUUUUGUAUGAAUAUAUUGAAGUUUACAGUGGACAUAUGGAGACUGACAGAAGCCCUUAGUGGAGGUGGUAGGAGCAGAUCACAGAGGACUUAUUGCUGGUAAUUGUUAAAGCCAAUAGAGGAUGACUUAUUGCAAGUGCUUAAGUAAGCAGACAGGAGAGAGGGUUAUGGCAGGUGGUUAGUAGAACAGUUUGGGAGUUAUUGCAGGUGGCUGUUAGAGUGGUUGAAGAGGAGUUAUUACAGGUAGCUAUUAGAGCAGUUGAGAAGGAAUUUUCUGUCGGUGGUUUUCUGAGAUGUUGGAGAGGAGUUAUUGCAGUUCAUUAUUACAGCAGUCAACACGUUAUUUUCAGUUGGUCAUAAGAGCGGUAGAGAAAGAGUUAUUGUAAGUGGUUAUCACAUUGGUUGAAGAGGUGUUAUUGCAGUUGGUUAUUAGAGCAGUUGUGGAGGAGGUAUCGGAGGUGUGUAUUACAGCAGUUGUGGAGGAGUAAUUACAGGUGGGUAUUAGAGCAGUUGUGGAGGAGUUAUUACAGGUGGGUAUUACAGCAGUUGUGGAGGAGUUAUUACAGUUGGGUAUUACAGCAGUUGUGGAGGAGUUAUUACAGGUGGGUAUUAGAGCAGUUGUGGAGGAGGUAUUGGAGGUGUGUAUUACUGGUAGAGGAGUUAUUACAGGUGGGUAUUACAGCAGUUGUGGAGGAGUUAUUACAGGUGGGUAUUAGAGCAGUUGUGGAGGAGGUAUUGGAGGUGUGUAUUACUGGUAGAGGAGUUAUUACAGAUGGGUAUUAGAGCAGUUGUGGAAGAGUUAUUACAGGUGGGUAUUAGAGCAGUUGUGGAGGAGUAAUUACAGGUGGGUAUUAGAGCAGUUGUGGAGGAGGUAUUGGAGGUGUGUAUUACUGGUAGAGGAGUUAUUACAGGUGGGUAUUACAGCAGUUGUGGAGGAGUUAUUACAGGUGGGUAUUAGAGCAGUUGUGGAGGAGGUAUUGGAGGUGUGUAUUACAGCAGUGGUGGAGGAAUUAUUACAGGUGGGUAUUAGAGCAGUUUUGGAGGAGGUAUUGGAGGUGUGUAUUACAGCAGCUGUGGAGGAGUUAUGGGAGGUGGGUACUAGAGCAGUAGAGGAGAAGGUAUUGGAGGUGGGUAUUAGAGGAGUUGUGGAGGAGUUAUUACAGGUGGGUAUAAGAGCAGUUUUGGAGGAGGUAUUGGAGGUGUGUAUUACAGCAGCUGUGGAGGAGUUAUGGGAGGUGGGUAUUAGAGCAGUAGAGGAGAAGGUAUUGGAGGUGGGCAUUAGAGUAGCUGGGAAGACGUUUUGCAGGUGGGGUAUUAUUAAUGGGGGACACUGUAUUUUAUUAGUAUUUAAAUCAACACAGUGCAUUAUAUGUGGUCAGUCUUUAUAACCAUGUGGAGCAUUGGUUUUAUUAAUAUGUGCAUAGCUGUUAUUUAUGUAAUUCUACAUAGAGCAGCAUAUAUGGAAAGUCCUUGUAUUUGAGCAGUUUAGAAUAUAUGUUAAAUGUUAAAGGGACACUAUGGUCACCAGAACCACUACAGCUUAACUACAGCCUAUUAGAAAGCAUUGUAUUGAUUGAGAUAAUCAAGAUUGACAAUUCCAGCCAUGGAGGUGGGCCUGCUGCGAUGAGGGAGACAAGAUGGGUAAAAUACAUUUUUUCUUUACAGAGAGUGGAGUCUGUCACCAAAACAGCAACUCCAGCACUAAUCUAUUAGGUAUACAUUGUGGUAUUCCUAAUAAUAUAAUGCUCCUUUAACCCCAGUGCAGCAUUGUAAGCUCAUUUGGGCACAGCUCUUUUACCCUGAUCCCAUAUGUCAUACAUGUUUUGUUAGAAUUAAAUGUUGUCUUGUUUACCUAUUGCACAGCGCUGCAGAAUAUGUUGGAGCAAAAUAAAUAAUUGUAAUUGCAGUAUAGGUAGCUUGUCUUUAUAUUGCAAUAUAUUCUCGGUUGUUAUAGGACCAGCCUUUGCUCCUAAAGUUCUUGAUGGUAUAGCUUCAACAAGGUGCUGGAAUUAUGCCUUAGAUAUGUUGAUAUGAUAGCGUUAUGUACUUGCUGCAGCUUUGUUGUGUGCAAAACCCUCCACAUUACGAAUAUGCUCUAUUGGGUUGACAUCUGUUGACUGUGGAUGCCAUUAAAGUUCAGUGACCUCAUUGUCAUGCUACUGUAGUUAUCUUGAGGUGGCAUGUUCUUUAUUAACAUGCCACAUUAUCAUGCUGCAAGUAGACAUUCUAAGAUGGAUAGACUGCAGCUAUAAAUGCAUCAUAUAGUCACCUAGGUUGCUAUGGAAACUGUGGCAUUUAAGCAAUGCUUCUUUAAAAUAAAUGAAUGGGCCUAAGGUUUGCCAAGAAAAUAUUCCCUACAUCAGGGGUAGGCAACCUUCAGAACUCAGAUUUUGUGGACUACAUCUUCCAUAUUGUUCUUACAGCCAUUAUGUUGGCAAGUCAUCAGGGUUGAUGAAGUCUAUAACAUAAGGAGUGCCAAAGUGUGCCUACCCCCUUACACCAUUAUAUCUCUGUCAGCAGUCUGGAUUAUUGAUAUAAAGCAGAAUGUAUCAAAUGAUUUGUGUUGUUUACAUACAAUUUUGACCCUAUGAUUUUUAAAUUUUUGUCAGGUCAGGUGAUGGGUUUCCAUUCUUCAACUGUCCAGUUUUAUUACACAUUUUCCCUCUAUAGUUUCAGUUUAAUUUCUUAGAUGACAGAAGUGGAACCUGGUCUACUGAUUCAACCCAUGCAAUUUAUGGUUCAAAUUAGACAUGGAGAUUUGCUUUGUUACGAGCAGCAAUUUGUCUGAAUUUGGGCCGAUUGGAUGAGAUUGGAUGAUAGGUCGAAUCCCCAAACUCUGAGCCGAAAUGAAACCAAAUCACCAACCAAACAAAACAUGCAAUAGAUGAGCAUGUUAAUUUUGAUUCGUGAUUCAGAAUUCCACCCUUGACGCAAAAAAAAAGAGAUGGUUGAUGGGAAAAAUUGUAAUUGGUGGCUGGAUGACAGUCACUAAAUGUUCAUUUUAUUCACAGAUCAAGUGAGAAGUGACCUGUACAGGGAAAAAAAUGAAAAGCAGUAAAACUCUAUAUUUACACAUUAUAGGUUUAAUAAUAUUUAAUUUAUAAAUAUAGCUUUUUUUAUACUACUCUUCCUUUUUUUCCUUCAAUUGGUUACUUUUUCUCCCUUGACCUGUAAGCCAAAUGCAAAUAGCAAAAUAUGCAAAUAUUUAUAUUAUGUAUAUAUUUUUCAGUACAUCUUUACAUUUUCAUUUCUUUUGGGUUGUCUUAUUCAUUUUCCUAAUGAAAUUCUACUAAGCCAGCUGCCAUGUGUCUGUCCCAUAUGAUUUAUUUUUUCGGCAGAAGGAAUUUGGCUGAAACAAAUGUUUUUACGCCGUGCGCAAGUCUAGUUCAAAGUUCUGUGCAUUCAGAAAAGUCCUUCUGCAUAGCACUAUCGUAACGUGUUCUUAUUUCUGUUAUUGUCAGCUUGAAUUGAUAGGGUCAUUUUCCUCUUACUUCUCUCAUUAACAAGGUGAUUUUGCCCACAUAUACUGCUGCAAACUAAGUCUACGUAUACAAAUCGACCUGACUUAUCACCUGAACUAUGAUAUGGUGGAGUCUGAAUUCUGCUGUAAGCAACAGAGGUGAUAUUGGUGCAAUCAUGUGUUAAGUGAGUAAAGUACACUCAUGUAUCACCUAUAGGCAACAUAUGGAGCUCCAGCCUUUGCAGCUCUACCUGUCCCAUGAUGGUUUGCAAACCCUUAGGUUGUGAACCAUUAUGGUAGUUAAAGUUCUACAACAGCUGUCUAUAUAUCUAUAAAUGCAGCUGGUGGUAGGGAUACUAAAGUGGCCAUAACUACUAAAGGAAGUUAGUAUUGAAAUUAUUCUGGAUAACUAUUCUUAUUUUUCAUGGUUAUCCAGCCAGUUCUGAAAUAUUUACUGGCAGUCAAUUAAAGGAGCCUUAUUUUUUUGUCUUGUUGUUAUACAAUCCUGUUUGCUUUAUCAAUUAAGAAUACAAUGAAUUUAUAUCCUUUCGUUAAUUAUAACACGUGUCAGAAUUGACAAUAAUGCAGCUGCUUCAACAAAAACAAAAAUGUAAAAUAAUGUAAAGUUAUGAACAGUAGUGUGUCACUGUGAACAAGCAACAUUUUCCCCAGCGAAAACAUUUGCAAUUAAAAGCGUUCACUUAUUUAUAGAAUUAUAUAAUGAUGUAAAUGAGCUGCUAUUCACAAUGUCUCCAGGCGUGGCUGACUGUUAAAAAAGGCCUUGCUGAAAGAUGUUUAUAAGAAAUGCAUGAUCUGAAAUGGAAAUAAAAUGCUUUAUACCAAAGGUGGAAAAAAGGUAGACUCCCGUUUUAGGGUUGAAAAGGAUCAUGGGAGUUGUAGUUUUAAAACAGCUGGGUGUCUUUUGACACCCCUGCUUUACACAACCUGUUGCUUUGAUUUAGUAGCAGGAAUUGGUGAGAGUUGAUAGCAUUAUGGUGAGAAGCCAUCUAAUAUAUUUAUAUGACUUGCAUUUUGUUUUUUCUGACAGUAGUCCGAUCAUUUCUAGAUAUGGCUUGUUGGUCUUCAUGCUAAAAGCCAUCUUUGGGCUUACCAAUCAUAUUGCUCGAACACUGCAGUCUACAAAACGGCAAAGUGGCAUUCCUGGAUCUUUUUCCUCUUACUCAGCCGAGACAAUCUAUGCACAAUCUAUGCACAUUGAAUUCUAAUAUCUCCAUAGAAAUACACAGUCUGUCAAUUUAUGGAUCUGUCUGAAAAAAACUGAGAUAAACUGAGACCAAGCAAGGGUGUAUGUACUGCCCAAGAUGACUCAUCUAUUUUGAGAUUUGAUGACAACAGGUAAUUCACUAACAGUCUUGGCUGUUGAAUUUGACCCAGUUUUGAUGUGAUAUGUUGACAGUUAAAAUUUGAUGAAUAUCAGCUUAAUUUAACCUAAUUUAGAAGCCCGGUUGUUUGGACAUUAAAAGUAUGUAACACAGCGAGACACUGGGUUUAUUAAUUUUUAUCUUUUUUUUUUGCAAGGAAGCUGGGAAGCUGACGUUAACAAACAUGAAAAAAUAUUCAAAAAUAAUAUUUUUUUUGUGCUUGGUGCAACGACUGAAAGAGAGGUGAAAAGAGUAAAAAAUACCUUUUAAUGACACAUCAGAUACUGUAGCUAAUGGGCACCCUUUAAGUACCAGCGUAGUGUUGUUUGCACUGCACCAAGCACCCCCAAGCACUCAAAAUGCUCACAAUGGCACUCAGCCGUCAUUAUGUAUCAGGACUCCAUUCAUCUGAAGAUACAGCUCUUAGAAUUUAGGGAGUUAAACAUGAAUUCCUAAUGGAAGCCACUUAGCACAGUAAUAUCAUGCACUACUGCUUCUCAGCUGGGACCUAUGCAUGGCAGCUCUCGCCUUCUAUCCCCUGUCAGAUGUGAUCUUUGAGAAAUGGUGCAAUGUGCUAGAGGCCAGUGUUGGUGCAACACUAGAAGCAGACAGGUUGUUAAGGAAAUCCUAAUGAUAUCUAGAUUUAAAAAAAAUAGGAAAUGAGAAGGAGGUUGCACUCUCCUCUCAUAUAAUCAAUAAUGCACAGGUGCUGGUUGGAUAGGUUGGAAACACAAAAUAGACAGGACUUGUAGAAACAAAAUUCCAUGUUUACUUCAUGAAAAGUUUUCAGUCCUAAUUUUGGGUAAUUUUUUAAUUUACAAUGGAAAUCUGUGUUUAUAGAAAGCACAUAAUGGAAGUGUAAAAUUAGCAUACGCCUCAGGCAUAUUAUCCUUCACAACACACAGUAAGUUCUGAUCUGGUAACAUGCAUUAAACAAUGUUGCACUCCAACUGCUGUGGAAAUAAUAAAAAUACAUUUUAUUAAAAAUAUAUUUAAAAAUAAGAGUAAAGUGAAGGGACACAGAGAUUGAUAAUGUUUUGGAAGGCAGAGACACAAGAACAUAAUGAAUAGGCAGCAACAGACAGAAAAUAACAUAAUUACGGGGGGCUGGGGGGUGAGCAUGAUGUGAAGAUGGGGCAGAGGAACCUAAUGACUGGGGAGGGACCAUGACAUGAUGUGAAGGAUGCACACAAGAACAUAAUGGCUAUAGAGGGAGAAACACAAGAACAUACUGACUGAGGGCGGAGGGAGAGAAAGGGCACAAUGUAAGAGUGGGAUACAGGUACAUAAUGACUGAAGAGAGACAGACACAAAGACAUAAUGACUAGGAAGAGAGAGAAAGAGAAACAAAUUACUGGGAAGGCAGGGACAUAGGAACAUAAUGAAUAAGGUGAGAGGGACACAGGGAUGUAAUGACUGGAGAGUGAUACAAAAAACAUGAUUGAGGAGGAACAGGGACACUGGGAUAUGAUUGAGGAGGGACAUGGACACAGGAACAUAAUGACUGGGAAAGUACAGGAACACAGGAACAUAAUGAUUUGGGGAGAAAGGGACAUGAUGAUUUGGCAGAGAGAGUCAAAAACCUCAUGGGGGCAGAGGCAUGAUGUAACUUAGGACAUAAUGAAUAGGGAAGGAGGGCGGGACAGUGGCACAAAAUGAGGGACGGACACAGAAACAAUGACUGGAAAGUGAUUAGCUCUGAAUGUAAGGAUGUGAUGAUCUGACUAUAUAGUACAUAUAAGACCUGCAGUCAAGAGAUCACCUUACAUAUAAACCCAGCACUCUCUGAUGCCUGUCCUGAGAAUCUGCAGCCAGAAGCUUACAUUACAUACAAACCCAGUGCUAUCAGAGCCUGUCCUGAUAAUAUGCAGCCAGGAGCACACCCUAGAUUACAUAUAAACCAAGCACUAUCUGAGCCUGUCCUUAUAAUAUAUAGCCAGGGUCAGGGCCGGACUGGGAAAAAAAUUAGGCCCGGGCAUUUUUCAAUUAGAGCGGCCCCCCAAGAAGGGGGCGGGGCCAGAGAGGGUGUGUCUUGUCAUCACUAAUGACAAGCAGCCCCCUCUCAAAGUGAGCAUGUUGGUUCAAUGCGCAGAGCCCCGCUGAAGAGCUCAGGCAUUAGAAAAAGGCCCUGUAUUUGUUCUGCGCAGCGCAAGCAAAUGUAAUAACAUGCUUGCACUGUGUUUGCUUUUAAAUUGUCUCUGGUGUCUCCACAAGUGGGAUACCAGAGGACAAAACGGCCAGGAAAGUGUAUGGUGCAUGUGUUUGGCGCCUGCUUGUGGGAUUGCCUGUGUGUAGAGUGUGGUGUGGUAUUGUGUAAAUAGGUGUAAUAUGUGUGGCUAGGGGCUGUAGAGAGUGCGUGUAUAGGGGCAUAGUGUUAUAGGGGAUGUAGCGAGUGUGUGCAUACAGGCAGUAGUGUGUGUGUAUAGGUGACGUAGUGUGUGUAGGGGUUGUAGAGAGGGUGUGUUUAGAGAAUGUUGUAUGUGUUUCCUUUCAAGGAAUGUAGUGUGUGUGUAGGUGGUGCAGUGUGUGUGUGUGUGUGUAAGAAAUCUAGUGUGUAAAGGACCCACAGUGUGUAUAGAAGAUUGUGUGUGUGUGUGUGUGUGUGUGUAUGUGUGUAGAGGAUUAAGAGUGCAUAUAGGGUAAGGGAUCUAGCGUGUAUCUGGAGCGUAAUGUGUGUAGUGGUGCAGUGUGAGUGUGUCUCUGGGUGUGCUGUGUGUGUCUGGGGGUGCUCAUUGUGUGUCUGGGGGUGCUGUUUGUGUGUCUGGGGGUGCUGUUUGUGUGUCUGGGUGUGCUGUGUGUGUGUCUGGGUGUGCUGUGUGUGUCUGGGGGUGCUGUUUGUGUGUCUGGGGGUGCUGUUUGUGUGUCUGGGUGUGCUGUGUGUGUGUCUGGGUAUGCUGUGUGUGUAUCUGGGUGUGCUGUGUGUGUUUGGAGGUGCUGUGUGUGUAUCUGGGGGUGCUGCGUGUGUAUCUGGGGGUGCUGCAUGUGUAUCUGGUGGUGCUGUGUUUGUAUCUGGGGGUGCUGUUUGGGAAUUUAUUUUAAAUAUAUAUUAUUUUUUUUAUUAUUAAUAAUUUUAAAAAAAAAGUUAUGUCCCCCCCCCCCUCCCUUCUUACCUUUAUCCUGGGAGGGGGGGAGGAGAUCCGUUCUGCCUGGGGGGUGGGGUGCCAUGAGGCCAUCCUUCCCUGGUGGUCGAGUGGUGAGAGUGAACUCUAACCUGCAGGUUAGAGUUCACUCUCGCGAGAUUCUGAGCGUUGCCGUGGCGAGAGGACCCGGCGGAGCUGCUGGCUAGAGCUCCGCCGGUCCUCUCUCCUCCCUCCCUCACUCCCGCGCCGGCGGCCGCAUCUGCAUGCCUCUGGGCUGGUGAGGGAGAUCUUUGAUCUCCCCACUGGCACACGGAGGCACACAGCAGGGCCGGCGCUCGGAUAGCGCUGGCCCUGCAGGGACCGGCCGGGGAGAUCCUGGGAUCUCCCUGCCGGCCUCGGCCCCAAGGCCAUCGCGGCCCACCGGGCAUUUGCCCGGUGUGCCCGAUGGCCAGUCCGGGCCUGGCCAGGGUCUCAAAUUACAUUACAUAUAAAUCCAGUGCUGCCUGAGCCUCUCCUGAUAAUCUGUAGCCCACCUUACAUUACAUAUAAACCCAGCACUGUCUGAGCCUGUCCUGAUAAUCUCCAUCCAGGAGUUUACCCUACAUUACCUAUAAACCCAACCUGAUAAUCUGCAGCCAGGAGCAGGGCGUAUAAUACAUAUAAACCCAGCACUGUCUGAGCCUGUCCUGAUAAUCUCCAGCCAGGAGUUUACCCUACAUUACAUAUAAACCCAACCUGAUAAUCUGCAGCCAGGAGCAGGGCGUAUAAUACAUGGAAACCCAGCACUGUCUGAGCCUGUCCUGAUAAUUUGCAGCCAGGAGUUCACCCUACAUUACCUAUCACCCCAGUGCUCCAGACAAGCUAAUUUUUUCAAUAAAUUAUUUCUCCUUCUUAAACUUUAAAAGAGACUGCUUAGUGUGUCAGAAUUUGGACUCACAAGAGUCAAGCAAGUGAUGGUGGUGAUUUAUCCUAACAGCGUUGAACGUUACUAUCAAGAGAAUUUUUAGUCUAGGCAUGGUGCCAGGUUGGCCUAGAGAAUGAGAAGUGUCCCAUUUUUAUUUUGAAGGGAAAACUAUCCAUAUUAAUGUUAUGCAAUAAACACAGUGUUAUAAAUGUCCACCUCCAUUCUCUUUAUUAUGCGCAGACAUGCUCUUCUGUUGUUUUAUUGGCAAAAUAAUAUAUCUAAAUAUGCUACUACAUUUGAAUUUAUUUAAUUGACAUUUUUUUAAACAGGAUUAGCAAACAAGUAACCUUCCACAUUAUCCAAAAUCUACUGCUCCCAUGAACAGAUGUAGUUAGAGAGGUAUGUGAUCACACUUUGGUCCCCUCCUAAUUAUUGGGAAGUAGUACAUUAUAGGUAAUGCCCAGCCAUUUUCUGGACUUCCAGCUACCGAUAGUAAUGUCAACUCUUUUGUUUUUCAAUGCGUCAAAGCAGGAACAUAAGCACUUGCCAUGCCACGAUAGCAUAGACAAGUCAUUUAAUGACAUACAUAGUAAUAUAAAGCAUGGCAUGUAUAAACGUUGCACAUUUUUUAUAAAAGGUAAGUAGUAGUAACAGGCGAGUCAGAGGUGUCUAGCUGUUAGGCUAAAGAUCGAUUUGCAUAUGUCGUAAUAAAAACACAAUAAAACACAAAGCUGAUGUUUUAGGGGAGCUUGAGAAUGCCUAUAGGCACCAGAUAAAUUUUAAAACAGCCCUGUGUCUCCUAUAUCAUAAGUCUUUCUCUGCUGCUUCCUAACACAACCCUAGUGUCUUCCAUCACUAUGUGGCAGACCAAUAGGGUCUUAACAGGAAGAAAAAGAGAUCUUCAUUAUCUAAGAGAACAGGUCUUACCACUUGCUCAUAUUAUGUAUGCCAGCAAUCUUAUCAGAGUAACACAGUGCCAUGGGAUUCUUAGCAUAGUCACAGUGCCAUGUCAUGAAAUAGAACCUUAUUUAUUACAGUAGUUUAAACCAAAUUUCAUAAGGAUGAACAGAGCCGAUAAGACAUUUAAGAAUAUGGAAUUCCUUCUUAAAUGUUGGUUCAUCAGAGAGAUAACUGCUAUAUCAACAAUACCACCUUCGACUGAUGAUUGAGCAUAAGCUGGUCAUUAUGGGGAAGAAACCGUGAUGUCUUGUCUCCUCUUGAGCUAAAUAGAUCUUCCCGCGUUAUGGUGGGAUUUAUCAGUCAGUAAUACAAAUCAGAUUAUUAAGCAUAAAUUAUUUAUGGCACUAACUUGUUUGAUGGACAUCUAGACAUACCUGUCUCCAGAAAUGUUUUAACUCAUAGGUAUAUAUUUGCUAAACACUGAAUUGUAGUGAUGUGAAAAAUGUAGGAUAACGUAACUAACUAGGAAAUAAUUCUCCGACCUGCAUAUAGUUGUACUUUGGCUAUUUUAGCCUAAAUUUUGCAAUUCAGUUUUGAAUUAAUUUUCAUCUCGGUGCUUAGCGAAUGUACGUCUGUGCCACAGAAUGCAUGUGCUGAUAUGCAGAUUGAUCUUACUUCUUUGUCAUCUACACUGAUCUAACUUUGCUAUUUCCUCCAGCAUGCAUACCAUAUAUUCAUUAUGCAUUAUGUUUCAUGUUCCAAACACCAUAUAUUUUUAUGUGUUAUGUAACAACUUCAUGCGCCAACAUUCUCCACCACACUGUACAGUGGAACAAGGUUAUGAACAAGAUGACAUACUGUGAAACAUUACAUCAAUUAUAGCAUAAAUAUACAAAUAGAUGCAUGAGGGGAAAAGGACUGUAUUCUUGCUCUCUUGAAAUCCAAGUUGAGUUUCGAUAGGAAAUGCUUGUAUGAACUGAGUGGGUUUUAUUUUGCAAUUUGGAUCACUAAAAUGAUAGCCGAACUACAACUCUUAUUGCUAAUGGUUUUGCAAGUCUCUUACAUCUUUGCCGAUUAGAGUCUCCAUUGGCUUAAAUAUCAUUAACUAAAUUGGGAUAGCUAACAUCACCAUGUGCCAAAUGUUAACUAUUGAAUGCAGCAGGUCCCAAGAGACCUGGUUUAGUUAAUCUGGUUGCAAUGCUUUUGCUCCUCUAAUAAAUACAUAAAACAAACAAUUAGUUUCCUGGCUUGGGAGUGAUAUAUUGAUGACUGUUUUAGAAUAGUAUUGACUCAUAAUAUAUCAUCAAUGCAAUAAAAAAAGCAUUUUAUUUUCAAUUGCUCUAGGGUCAGAUCGAUAGGUUGAUAGAGAAAACAAAUAUAUUAGCCUUGCCUCCUAACCCAAGUAUAACGCGCUAGCUCCUGCCAUGGAGAAGCACCUUAGUGUCGAUUCAAAUCCUUUUUAUAGCAUUUCACAGUUUUGUUAGUACAAACAUGUUUUAUGAUGUUAACUAAACUCAAAAUGUAUUGUUGGUUUUCUAUUGGCUGCAAAAGGGGAAAAUAUCAUUUGAGAAGUCUAACAUUUAGCAAUUACAGUUUGUCAUCUGUGAGUCUCUGAACUGAAUUCCUAAAUAAUAAUACAUUAAAUGCUUGCUGGAAUUAUUAAAGAUAAAUACAAAUUUUAGAGGGGGUGGGGGCGGUGGGGGGAAGGUGGAAGAGAUAAGGUUUCAAGAACUGCUUAAUAUAUACCCAAUGGGCAGAUAAUGAGUAAAGACACUUAUUCGAGGAUCCUCAUGGUAUACUAUAUGGCCCAUCCAUUCCCUUUAUAUCACAGGCAGUGGUUUAUAAGGGGCUGUUGGUAAUAAUAAGACAAGAGGAGUUGUUAAUAACUUGCAGGUGGCCCUAUGGUGUCUCAUUUACAAUUGCGCAAAUAAUAUGCAAUGCCCUUCCAUCAGUUCAGGUAUGGACCUCCUAUUCUCAUUUGAUCAGUAUUUUAUGAAUACAAAAGGUUUAUGAGACAUAACCAUGUGUUUAUUUAUUUUUUGGAAAAGUUAAUUUUUUUGUUUUAAUAAAGGGGAAGACUCAUUAUCCCAUGGUAAUUUAUUUAAUGACAUUAAGCACGUGACCUAAUAGUUCCUUUCUAAAUCACUCUUGUUAGGUGGGCCAGGCUACUUUUGGUGAUGUGGCUAGUAUUGUGGACACUAGUGGGACUCUGGCACACUACUUUAGGGGAGUCAGAAACCUUAGCAUCAUGGAACUGGAAAUCUUCGAACUGUAGAUUUAAGGGGAUGAUAAAGUAAGCUCCCUAUUCACCUUCAUUAUUAAUAUUAACUCCUAAGGAGAAACAAGGGAAGAGCAAGCAAUACUUCUUCCCUGUUUGUUGUGGGACUUGGGGACCACAGUUGCCUAUAAAUAACUGUGCACAUGGGGUGAGAAGAAAUAUAUUCUACUUCUUACUAAGCCCUGAAGAUCUUUCCUAAUUAUUAUUAACUUUUCACCUUAGGUGUGGAAUAGCAGUGAGCCUAAGGCUUGUUUGUGGGGGGAGGGGGUUCUAAGAGCUCCACCAUUCCUUAGGUAACAUUGCCACUCCACUGCAUUGGAUGGGAGAAGGAUUGCAUUAACAGCUGGAUAAUUAACUCUUACAUGAUUAACUAUUCCCAUGGUAUGAAGAAAUGAGGGACCACUCUGAAUGUCCCUUCCAGGACAAAGGGGUUACUGGGGACUCCUGUAUAUUUUUACUUUAUAAAAUGUAGAUUGGAUGGGGAGACUAUCAUAAAUGGGACAUUCCUCUGACUUUGCAGAAAUUAACUCAUAUUUCUUAAACUCUUACACACAAGCGUGACUGUUAGAGAAUGAUAAGCCAUGCAUCCCCUUUCUUUGGUUUUAAAUGCUUAAAAAGUUUAGCAAGCAUGUUCAUUCUGAGGCUAAUUUGGGAAGCAAUUCAUGAAUUAUUUGGCACAAUUCCUGAGAUAUUUGGCCACACUUUUUAGAUCAUGCAUCCAGUUCUAGUUUGAUUCAUUACUUAUUUUAGUUCCUGCUGUUCAUGUGAUCGUAAGCAUGCUGAAUUUCAUCUGAAUUGCCAGUUUUCAUUUGUGAUGCUUCCUCUUUAUCAUAUACCUUGCAGCAUUCGCUGAGCUUACUCUGGUAAUCUGUAACUAAAAAAUCAUUCUACAGCAGACAGAAAUUAGAGCACUGCACUGGUAAUCUGCAGCCAGGGACUGAUCCUUGUAUAAAUCUGUAUAAUCUGUUAAUUUUUGAAGAAAAUGAUGAUCCUUUCUCUUUAACUGGAAACCCAGGACUGUCUGAAUCUGUCCUGAUAAUCUUCAGUCAGGGGCUAACUACAUCCGAUAUACCAUAAACAUACCACUGUCUGAGCCUAAACCAAUAAUCUGCAAUCAGGAGCUCACCCUGCCUGAAGAUUAUCUGGAAACCAUAAAAACAAAAGCAGGCAUAUGAUAGCAAAAUGGGACAUAUUGAUAGUCACAGGCUCGUUUAUAAUAUGUGAAAUAAGUGAAAGCCUUUAGAAUUGACAAUUAAAUGAUACAAUGGGUUUUAUUCACUAAACUAAUAAUUGACAAUGAAUUGUACAUACACAUCAAAAUGAUUUUGAAGAAUACUAAAGGUCACAUCAAGCUAUUUUGAGCUAGCAUAUGCAAUUGCCCUGGCAUUUCCCCACUAUUACUAGUUUUGUGAGCAAACCACGAUGAGAUCAUUGGCAAGAAGCUUUUCACCAAUCUAACACUUCUGUGCAAACGGAUUUUACUUGUUUUUUUGUUGUUUUCUUUUUAUCUCUAUGUCAAAUCCCAAAUAUAUAUAAACAUAUAGCCUUUAAACUGAGGUUAUAUACUUGAAAUAUUGCAAAAUCAUUGUAUUCAUUAGUAAAUGUCAUCUCAUCAAAACAGAAGAAAGACACAUUUAAAGCAUUGCAAUGCCCUGUAUUUAGUUUUGUGUUUGCUCCUAAUGGAACCAAGAGUGUCUUUUCUUUAUAAUCUUACAACUUUUGGUCAUUGCUGCUUUAGUACAUAAAGGCAGAUGAAGUCUUUAAAAUGCAGGAUUUAAAUCAUCGCACUAGAAUGGGUUUAUCUUAUUAACAUGUGCGUGAAAGAAACUAUUAUAAAAUGAUGGGUACAGUAUAACUGCCCCUCCAUGCUGCAAAAUAGAUUGGGUUUGUGUUGGCAGCUGUCUGUAUUCUCAUCCAUGCCUCCAUUUUUUAUUCUCAUGCUUUUUCUGUAUUUAUCUCUCAGCCUGCUGCCUUUGAUUACUGGAAUAUUUCCCCUUAAUCUAGCUCCCUGUCUCUCCCCCCUUCUAUCUGUGUUGGUCAUUUGCAUAUUUAUCACCUACUUCUUUUACUUGCCUAACUCUCUCGUUAUCAUUCCUUCUGCUUCUUGAUCUUAGUUAAAUUCUGCCUCUCUGCUCUCUUUUAUCUCUUUCAUAGUCUGUCUUUCUUCUCUCUUCUGUAUCCACAUCUUUUUUGCCUCUAAGCAUCUGCCUUUCUUCCCCUCUAUGGAUCACAGUACACGCUUCUUCCUCCACCUCCCUUUCCAUCAUGUGCUGACGUAUCUUUGUCUCCCUUCUCUUUCAGAUUGUGGUGGCAGCUGGAGUCGGACAGAAACAGAGACGGAUUCAUCUCUUGAAAUCUUCAUCCCAGGGGCACAGAGGCGGCUGGCACAUACACACAUAAUUACUCUGCUCUGCCCUCCCCUCGCUCAUUCCUUCCAUCCUCGGUUACCCUGAUUUGAUUGCGGAAGAGUUGAAAAUACAAAUGAGCAGCUGCUGGCUGUAAACGAGGUGCAACUUGCUGACCACAUCUUAUCAUUUGUGUGACCUUUCUCCUAAUAUCCCGUGCCACAGAACAUGAUGUGUAGAAUUCUGUGCAGGACUGUGACACAUGGGCUUCGCUAAGUUGACCCCUUAAAAUUACUGAGUCCCGACAAUCUCUUUCUUCGCUCCUCCAUCCCUGUUGACAGCACAAUGUUAUGCUGGUGGCUAUUAGUGAAAAUAGUCUUUUGUUUCUGGUACUUCCCACCAGGGGCACAAAGUGAUUGCUGGCUGAUUGAGGGUGACAAGGGUUAUGUCUGGCUGGCCAUCUGCAGUCAAAAUCAACCCCCCUACGAGACCAUCCCUCAACAUAUCAACAGCACUGUUCACGAUCUACGGCUUAAUGAAAAUAAACUAAAGAUAAUUGGUUAUGCUUCUCUGUCACGCUUUGGAAACUUAACAGACUUAAAUCUGACUAAGAAUGAGAUUUCUUAUAUUGAAGAAGGAGCCUUCCUUGGCCAGUCUAAUCUGCUCAUUCUUCAGCUGGGCUAUAAUAAGUUGACAAACCUGUCAGAAGGAAUGCUUAGAGGGAUGCCAAGGCUUCAGUUCCUCUUUGUGCAGCACAACCUAAUUGAGGUAGUGACACCAAAUGCCUUUUCUGAGUGUCUAAGUCUUAUAAGCAUUGAUUUGUCCUCCAACAGACUGACAAAACUAGAUAGUUCCACCUUUGUUGGUCUCCAGGCAUUAAUGGUGUGUGAGUUAGCAGGGAAUCCCUUCCACUGUGGCUGUGAACUCUAUGGCUUUCUUGACUGGUUAGUCAUGUUCAAUAAUGUCACCCGCAACUAUGACCGCCUUCAGUGUGAAAGUCCACGAGAGUUUGCUGGAUAUCCACUGCUCAGUCCAAGGCCACACCACAGUCGAAAUGCUAUUACAGUACUUCAGGCUCGCUGUAGGAAUGGUGGUUACCUCUCUAUACCAAGAGAAAGGCCAACCCCACUCAUUCCAGAUUCCAUACGUGAUCCUGAUGAGAACUCUGGCUUCAGCCCUGGGGACUUCUUUUCGUCAGAACCCACAACGCCCUCUACCACCAACUCUUCUGCAAGUCCCUCCAUUGAUAUUCACCAUGUAACAGGAAACUCUGCCACUCUAAUUGUCACUAUUCCAAAUCCUUACAAUAGGAUGUACAUACUGGUGCAGUAUAAUAAUAGUUUUAUAUAUGAUGUAACCACUUUGAAGCACAAGAAGGAAUAUAUUACCUUAGACAAACUAAAGCCUCAUGCAAACUACACUUUUUGUGUAGCUUCUAUUCGCAACACAAAACGUUAUAAUCACACAUGCCUUUUCCUAGCCACACGUACCAGGGAUAAGGAAGAGUUCACUCCUAACACUUCUACAACAACUCAUUAUAUCAUGACUAUAUUGGGCUGUCUAUUUGGCAUGGUCAUAAUACUAGGAGUGGUAUAUUAUUGCCUUAGGAAGAAGAGAAUGCAAGAGGAGAAAAAGAAAUCUCUUAAUGUUAAGAAAACCAUUCUUGAGAUGCGUUAUGGCUCAGAUGUUGAUCCUUGUCUAGCAUCUCAUUCCUCACAAAAGUUAUCAGAACACCCCAUACCCAUAUCUCGUAUAUCUUCAUUGCCAACUUCAGUAGCUGGACUUGGUAGUGGAGGGGAAAAAGGCAUGAGUUCCAAACAAAUGAAUUCUCAGAUGGGCACACCAAAAGGUCCAAAGGGCACAAACUAUAUGGAAGUACGCAGUGGGGAAGGACAUGAUAGAAACCAGAGGGGGAUGUCAGGAGCAGAUGAAGAUGAAGAGGACUUCCGGGAACUGGACAAUGGUGAAGGUUCAGCAGCUGAAAUAUCCACUAUUGCUAAAGAGGUGGACAAAGUAAAUCAGAUCAUUAAUAACUGUAUUGAUGCCCUUAAGCUAGACACUGCUUCUUUUUUAGGCGGGGGGGACCCAGAGCUGGGCUACGACUGCCAGUCAAUUCCAGCCAGCUCCUUGGGUCACCUGGAAAGGUUGAGCUUCCUCUCUCCUCCAUACAAGGAUGGUGUGCACCCUCUUCAGCGUCAGCUGAGUGCCGAUGCUGCCACAGUAGCCAAGAAACGAUGCAGCAUUUCGUCUAGUGGUUCUAUCAAGAGUGCACGUGUCUUCAGUCUCGAUGUACCUGAUCAGCCUCUAAAAUGUGACUCCAAAUACAUUGAAAAGAGCAGCCCCCUCAACAGUCCCCUCGACCGCCUUCCUCUAGUUUCCUCUGCUGGAGUUCAUCAUUUAGACGUCAAACCUUCAUACCACUGUAGUGAACACCGUCACUCCUUUCCUGCUCUCUAUUAUGAGGAAAGUGCAGAUACACUGAGCCAGAGAGUCAGUUUCCUAAAACCACUUUCCCGCUCCAAGAGAGACUCAAGCUACUCUCAACUCUCCCCAAGACAACAUUUUUCUGGGUAUUCCUCCAGUCCAGAGUACUCCACUGAAAAUACCCACAAGAUCUGGGAGCGUUUCCGCCCCUAUAAAAAACACACCCGGGAAGAGGUCUACAUAGCUGCUGGACAUGCUCUACGCAAAAAGGUCCAGUUUGCCAAGGGGGAGGACUUGCAUGAUAUCUUGGAUUAUUGGAAGGGGGUGUCUGCACAACAAAAACUGUGAUUGAUAGGGUGUAAAAGGCCAACCAGGGCUGUGGACAGGUUCCUGUUGAGAAUUGUGGCGCUGAAGCACCUCGGUUUGCAAUUAAAGUUUACAUUUGAGGUGGGGAGGGGUGGAAUCUCAUAACGGAGGGGAGACGAAUUAUUGUGAGCCUGGACGAAGUUUUUUCUGGCACAGACCUCCCCUCUUUACAACCCCCCUCCUCUCCACACUCUGUACCGGUGGCUUUUCUCCAUUUAUAUAUUUUGAUUUAAGGUUUUUGUUUUUUAUUUUACUAAAAAAAAAUGAUAUGCUCUAUGUCGCAAGCUGAGUUCAUGCAGCAGUAAGGCAUUUAAAAGGUAUAUUUUCACAACUAGACGUUCCGUCUAACUUGUCUAAACUGUAUAAUAUAUGAAAGGUCUAGAUUAGAUUUUAGGUUAGAUAUAAAGUAGCAUAUAUAGAGAGAGAUGAAACAAAAAUUCCUACUUCUUGUGCACUAGUGCACAAAGCGCUGUGAUUUACUAAAGUGAAAAUUGAAAGUGAAUUCAAAGUUGAAAAGGACAGAGUAAAUGUAGCUGUCAAAUAGAAGUUUCCAAUUUGCUAUUAUGGCCUUAAACUUGAAAUUCACUUUGAAUUUAAUUUGAAUUCUCAUUAUAGUAAAUAACCCUGAAUGUGUUUUGAAUCACUCCACAGUCAAGGAGUUACAUGAAAUAUAUUCUUAAUAUUUAAAAAUAUUAGGAAAUGACAGAUGCAGUUUUGGUUUGCCUAUAGAAACAAGCACAAAUAUCAAUCAAGCAUUUAAAAGUGACAUUUGUUUUUUUGUAAAAAAGGAAAUCUUAAAUAUUUUGUCUUUUUGUCUGCUUUUAAAACUGUGAAGCUCGGAACAAAAAGAUGCAUUCCAAAAUCUCCCAAGAAUAACAAGGUCUACAUUCAAUAAAGAUACACUAGGUUAGAAGUUCAGAUCAACGUUGUAUAGCGAAUUAUAAUUAGAACUGUAAUUAACGUAUAACGUAAAACUUGAAAUUAAGUAAGCCUAAAGGAUCCCAUUGUAAUAGAGUAUGGUUUUAAUUUUCCACUGGUUCUGUAAAUUCUGUGGCUUGUGGAGUGAUAAGGUGACUGUUUUGGUGUUUUUUCAUUUGCUUUAAAUAUCAGCAUAAGAAUAAAAUAGCUAAUGACCAGAAACACAGCCCAAAAUAAUCUGCACAUUGUUGACUUUAUCAGAAAUACUGUUUUGCACUUAAUCCCUGAUAAGUAUGUCAACAUAACAAGUCUUCCUGAAUCUUACAAAAUAUCCAUUAGGUCAAUGACCAUUGUCUUCCCCAAUACAAGGUAAGACAGCAGCUAUCUAGAGAUUAUAUUCUAUAUACUACAACAAGUAAUCAUUAAAUAGAUGAUAUAGAUUGCUAUAUAUUUGUGCAGAAAUAUAUUUAUUUAUAGAGCUAUAAUAUAUAUAUAAGAGUUAACAUGACUUAAAAGUAAGUAGCUGUUUUAAUAAAACAAUACUAGACUUUAAGAUUGACCCUAACUUUGCGCUUGGCUUUUACAUUUUUACUUUUUAGUAAGUAUUCUACACAGUUGCUGAGGUUUAUUUAGAAAGCAGAUGAUUGUGGUGAAAUGAAAGCUGACUAAUGCCAUUUAGGCAACCAUAGGUAAGUGACAAAAGUAUCUUAUUUUAUUACUCUUCCAACUCAUUUGUCAAAUGUUUGAAUUCCUUUUUUAAUUCAAUUCAAAGUUAAGAUAUUGAUUUCAUCUGUUAUUGGUCAUAAUUUAAAGGGAAUCUAUUACUUUUUAGGAAUCUCUGCUCCCUGUAGGACCUUUCUAUAAGCUCUGCCCUGAUCCUUUACAUUACCCUUUGCAUCUGUUAGUCAGCAUAGGAAGAGCGUAGAACGACAAAGAAAACAGAAAUAUGGUUCUCUUUGUGCUCCUCAAAACCGAAUAUGUGUGCCCUAGGUCAGUUGCUAAAUCUUCAAUAUAUAUAUAGCUUCUUGAUCCAAGGAUAAAUCUGACUGCCAUUCUUGAGUCAAGAAGGAUUUUUUCCCAAUUAGAAGUGCUUCAAACUAGUUUUUUUGCCUUCUUUUGGAACGGCAAAUAACAGAUGUGAGAAAGGCUGAACUUAAUAGACACGUGUCUCUUUUCAGCCUAUGUAACAUAUAAAAACACAAUACAAAAAAAAAACAGAGGAUCACAUGAAAAAGGCUAACACAAGUUAUAGGUAAUUUACAACAUGUUUCAAUGUAAUUCAUUUAUUCAGUUCCCAGAAAAGUGAUGGUCUCCUUUGAUUUAAUUUCCAUGUUCGAGUUUUGCUUCUGGAUAAUGAAAUUUGAAAGUAGAACAGAGGUUAUACACUAACUCCCGCGGGUGACUGCGGAUUCAAGAAUAUAAACAGUUUAAAAGUCUACGACAAAUGCAAGGCUACCAUUGAACAAAAGUAGAGUAUUAUAUAUGUUACAAAUAUUUUGCACACAUGGCUGUUGUUAUCUUAAUUACAUUAAGUGUGAAUUUGCAUGUAGUAGCUUUCCUUCAUAAGUAUUAGUCUCCAUUUAAUCUUCUUGCAGCCGAUAAACCCAACAAACAUAUACGUUAUUCCCAUGUCUUUCUAGAACAAGCUGUAACAAAUAAACUACUACAGCUUAAUGUAGUUAGAACACCAAUUACAGGACAGUGUUAAAGUCAUAAAAAUACAUAUUGUAAGAAUUAAGGGAACAUAUGUAUUAUCUCUUAAACUACAGUCACAUAUACAAAUACAAAUAAAAUUAAUGGAUACAUUACAUGUUAUUUUCUGAAUCAAAUAAUUCUGCAACAUUGUUUAACACCAUAUUCUGGCUCAUAACUGAAAGAUAAAUUGAUCUGAGACUGCAGAAUAAUUUUGCUUUUUUUGUUUAGAUCUACAAACCUCACUGUGAACUUCUACUUUUCUCCUGCACUGAGUUUGAAACUUGAAAGUCUUCAUUUUCAUUUGGCUAACCUUUCUUCAUCAGAAAAUGGCCCGGUCAAUUUUACUAACCAACAAUAACCAUAGAAAAUGUUCCCUUGAUAACAUGAUCUAGAAUCUGUUACAACUCAUCAAUGUAUGGUCCUUUACACUAGCGUUAUAAAAUGGUAAUAAAAGAGACUAUACACAUAGUAAAAAAGGUUGAUGUUUGAGUAACAAUGUACUUGUCCCAGCCACUUGGCUCAUGAAUGUAAUGUAGGUUAAGCCAUGGAAAUUUCAACAGUGAGCUUGUCAACUUGGAUUCCUGGUGAGACAGUUUCAAACUAAAAUAGUUAUCUUUUCUGAGAAGAAUGCCAAAACACUGCUCUAAUUCUAAAAGAAGCAGAAAUAGAGUAACUAUGUAGUCUUCUCCAUUAAACACUUUGUACUAGAUUGAUGCGACACAUGAAGUCAGCUUGCGACAUUCUUUUUCAUAAUUUAUAUUUGCAUGGGUUUAACCCGGUUUUCACGUGUUUUGACUACUUCAGAGCAAUAGGGACUCUGCAGAGGCAAGCCACCCUAUGGCAAUUUAUUGUGUUAAAAUCUAAUUUGGACGCUGGUUUGCAUUUUUAUUUUGUUUCUGUGACAUUCUGUUUUUGGGCACUUUUUGCGGGGAUAUGGGAGGGUUGGGAGAAAGGUAUGCGGUGUGUUGGGAGAUGUACUCAAGAUUUUUGGCCAAUGAUUUUCAAAAGAGGAAAUCGGAACUGUAUUUUUUUGCAUGCGUUAGUGUAAAAAAAAAAAAAAGAAAAAACACAAAAGAUGAAAAAACACUCAGCUGUGUUCACAAUUUAAAGAAAUGCAGCUGUUCAAUAUGGAUUGCCUGCUGUGAAUUUCCUGGUAUCUGAAGGGUCGGAAUGACAGGUUUGGGAAUCUGUUUAAUCAUUAACGUUGUUUCUUAUAUUACCCAUCCUACAUUUUUAUAUAACCCCUUCAUAUUGCUUCAUAAAACAUCCAUAUACAACUCAGUGGAAGUGCAAAAGAAGGUCACAGUGUAAUAACAUCACAGUUCUUUCUGUUCAAAUUCAGAUUUUAAUUGUAUGGGAUAACACAUUUUGGAGGUGAUAUCUGAUGCAAUGCAAUGUAGAACAAAGUUAAAUUGAUAAUUAUAUGCUUUAGAUAUCCUUACAUUUUAAUAUCAUCAAUCAAUACAUAUUUUUGUGUGCUCUGUUUAAAGUGAGUUUAUAGUUACACAAAAAUUGAAAAAGCAAGGUUACAGUUAGCAAAAUAUUCACACAUAACUUGAAAUACUUUUUGCAACAUAGCGAACUAUUCACUAUAACUAUUCACUGAAAUUAACAUCCUCCCUAAUAUGUAAAAAUUAGCACCAUUGAGUUACGUAAUGAAAACAUCUAGAUCCAGAAAACUAUUGAAAGCUUAAAGCAGCACUUUCACUAUCUGGGAAAUUAGCAAAGACCCCUGAUGGUGGCAUCGCUGCUGGGGUUUGGUGGAUGAAGGAUUAGAUAAAGGUGAGAUUUACUUACCUGAAGCUGUCACUUGCAAGCUCCGUUUUGUUUGGUCUGCUCUUUUUCAGUGUCAGGAGCCGACAUCAUUGCUGUGCUAUGGGGAUGCCCCAUAGACACUGCCAAUUUCCUUCAGUCUAAGAAAGUCAGGUGGAGGAGAAAUACAGAGACUAAGUAGUCCAUAAUUUGUCUCAGUAUAACUCUUGACUGGUUUGAAUUUCAAUGAAAUUCUAACACAGUCAAAAUGAGUAUUUCAUAAAGAUUUUAUGUUUGUGAAAUACUAAUUUUUAACAGGGGGUGGUGUAACAGUGCCGCUUUAAUGUAUUAUUUUUGAAGCGAGCAAAGUUGCCUUAAUAACACAGAAGUUAAAGUUGCUUUAGAAUGAUUAUGUUUGCAGAAUGUGUAUGUCUGGAGGAUGCAAUAGAAACAACCAGUCUGAUACUGAGAACCAACUUGGUGAUUUGGUUACAUUAAAAAUAAUACACUCUAAUCUCUUUUUAAGUACUAAGCUUUAUAAUGUAUGACCAAAUAAUAAGCAAGGACCCCAAUCAACUAAUUGGGCAAACAUAACCUUAGGCACACUUUGUAUUUUUCUGUAUAUAGAAAAAAGGAAAUGUGAACUAACCUAUCACAAAGACUAUCAAUGCAACCCUGAUAGGAGACAGCCUGAGGCUAAAAAUACAUAAUAGGAAUCUGGGCUUCUAAUUAGCUGGCUUAUGUUAUCUCCAGCCAACAGGUAUAUCCAUUGCUCAAUUUAAACAGGACGGAAACAAGAAUAUAAACUACUGUAUAAUUAUUAUUUGUUAGAAAUCCACGUAUUGUGCAUUUGAAUACUCCAGGCCGAUCUCUCAUGUUUAGACUUUUGAUAAACAAACACAAAAAGACCAGUUUGGUUUCCAAGCAGUAGAUAGACGUUGUACCUUGCUUUAUCUACAGCUUUGAAAUUGCAAAGAAGGGAUAUUAAAAGGAUCUUACCGGUUUAGACCACCAUGUCACCAGACAGCCAUUACGUGGUAAUGACUGACAUAAGGGCAUAGUAUAAGCAUGAUGUUCAUUGGCUUCACUAUGAAUUCACUGAAACGUUAGGGAACAUAUCACUGACAUCAGAUCUUCUGUUAUGCUAACCCUGACCUCUGAAGCAAAGCAAGGGAAAUGCUAUUUAUAUGUUAGUGACUCAGUAAGUGUGUUGGCAAUGCUAUUGCGUGCCUCUGUAUUAUGGACACUAUCAAUGGUUCGAUUAUCAGGUCAUCAUGGAUGUGGGGGACUGAAUGUUAAAGGGCACUCAUUUGAUUUGUCUAAAAUAACUUAAGCUGGGUUAUGCAGAAGAAUAAAGAUUGUUUGUUCAAAUAGAUGGAAGUAAAGAUUAUAUGUGGUUUGAGCUGAUUAGCUAUAAUCACUGACUGCAAUGCAAACACUGUGAUCUUGUAAUAAUAGAGUACAAUAAAGAAACCGAAAUAUCCCCAUUAAAAUGCAUGUAUCACUGCUAUUAAGAUAGUAUUCUGAAACAUACUCAUUUACAUUUAACGUCCCUUCACAACAUGGUGAAUAUGACCUCACAGAAAGCAGAGCACUUAUUGGUCAUGUGGAGACAUAUGAGUACGCACAUACAUUUCACAUCAUACCCUAGCAUUUUGCCUUCAUUUCUUGUCCUUCAGAUACCAGCCCAAGCAGUUGUGUCCUCCAUGAGAGGACAACGAGGAACUGGGAAGAUCUCUGGUUUGCUGUCUUUCCAUAUUUUGUUUUAAUGGCACGCAAUUGUUCAUGAAAAAAAAAAAAAAAGAAGAAGAAAAAAAAAAGAAUAGUGGAUGGAAAAAAAAAUCUAUUUCUAUAUUUGCAAUAAAAUU